AUGUCUGCUGAAGGAAUACAGUACCGGGCACUAUACAAAUAUAGCAAGGAGAGGGAUGAAGACCUUGAUCUAUUGCCAGGUGAUAUUCUGUUGGUAAGCCGAGCGACAUUGCUGUCUCUUGGCUACAAAGAUGGAGAUGAACAGGACCCUGGUCGUAUUGGAUGGAUUCUGGGGGUCAAUGAAAGAACAAAACAGAAAGGGGACUUUCCAGGGACGUAUGUGGAAUUUAUUGGGUUAGUCAAAACGACACUGCCAUCCCAUCCUCCCCGGGGACAUCGACCUUUACCUGCUACUCCUACAUCUAGAACUGAACAUCCUAACCUACCAGGUAAGAAACAACCAUGCAUUAUGUGUGUCAACCGCUGCUAUAGGAAAAUAGUUUGCCUGUCUACUUUUGUGUAGUUAUAUUAACACAAGUAGUGCAAAGCUAUUAAACUGCACAUCUUCCUACAAAUUGUAGUAAAAUUGUGUUUUAGUUUAGUAUUUUGUGUAUUUAUGUUUUAUAAACACACACCUAACAAGUUUUUGUUUUGUUUUUGUUUCAUGUAAUGUUUUGUAAACCUUAUGUGUGCUCCUCCUGUGCAAAACCCCUAAAAUCAUCUAAUUUGUAUUCAGCUACAUCUUCUAAAAACAAUAACCCCCAAUGUAUGCCUUUUCCACUAUCCUGUGAAGCUACAGCGCCAUAUUGGAAAUCUGAACAUUAAAUUUUUUUUACCUUCAUAUUAUGCUCAACUUCAUAUUCUGAGUAAAACAAACCCCCAGUAUAUGAAUUAGCCUUGUUAAGUCACCUUGUUAUAUAAGUGAGCUCGCCAUUUAAGUUUUUAAAGUGUGAAUUUUGAUGGGCAUUUUACUAUUUUUGGGCAUUUUAUCAGUUUGAUAUUUGAAAUUUACCCCACAAAGGCCUAUAAUUUCUUGAAGACACAUAGGGUAUGUCAGAUGACAUAUUUUAAACCUUAUAGUGGGACUUUUUUUCUCUCAUUAAUUUGUUCCAAGUGUAGUGAUGAUAAGCCCUUUCUCUGCCUUUUUACUGAUAUAAUUUUUCCAGAUCCUAUACAGAUUUUUGGUUGCCUUUUGGACUGAUUGACUAUAACAGGUGCCAUUUAUAGUGUUGCAAAAACACAAUUUUUACACAAAUCUGGCAUUAACUAAACAUUCUGACAGCAAUCACACUUUUAACAGUCUCAGCAGCCAGUUUUUGGUGGGAUCAGUAAGAGCGCGGUUACUGAAAGGAGUGUCACAGUAAACUUUGGGCCCACCAGUUUGUGACUCAAGGGUGCUUCUUUUUGGAACCCUCUAUGGACCAUUGUGAGGAUAGAUGUUCGCUUCUUUGGUUUGAGAGCUGUAUGAAAGUUUGAGAAAGCUCAGGCAACUUGGUCACCAGUCGCAGCAAGGCUUUGAGUCAAAAACAUCCUUGAUCUUCGCGUGAUUUAACUGGCUCUCCAGGCUUGGCCACAGCUCCUUCGGGAGUCCCAUUUCUCAUUCUGGUUGGAGAAUUUCAGAGCAGUUGUUCAUGUCAACCACCAGGGAAGAAAGCAGAUUUCUGCUGCAACUGCGGCGGGGUUACUACUACCAAGAUUCUUUGCGUAGCGGAAUUUUAAAUUAAUGCUAUAAGCAGUUUAAAUUUCCUGGUGUGGACAUCUGUUAGACAGACUGCCUCAAUUGCCAGGCCAUUCAUCUGGAGGAGUGACAACUUUCUCUGCUUAUCUGGCGAUGGGGUCACCCACAGAUCCACUAAUCUCUUCUUGAUUGGACUUCCCAACUUAUUUUCUAUUGAACCAGUAGCAGUGAACCUUGAAUGGCCUGGGUGAUGCUCUGAUGGCAUUGUAACUUCCACUUGACUUGUCUAUCCCCUCCCCCCUCCACUUUGGCAGAUAGUUAUAGAUCUUGGCCAAUGGUGUAUCUACCGCGAGGCUGACAAGGCAUUUGCCUUGGGCGGCACUUUCAGGGGGGCGGCAAAAAAAGCCAGUGUCAGUGUGUAUAUGUGUUUGUUAGUGAGAGUGUGUAUCUGUCACUGAGAGUGUGCGUGUGUCAGUGUGUGUUUUGUGUGUGUGUCUGUCAGUGAAUGUGUAUGUCUGUCAGCUAGUGUGUGUGUGUCUGACACUAAGUCCUUAUAUGUCUGUCAGUGAGUGUUGUAUAUGUGUUUGUCAGUGUGUAUCUGUCAGUGAGUGUGUCCCAGUGUGUGUUUCUGACACUGAGUGUGUAUGCAUUUCUGUCAGUGAGUGUAUAUGUGUCUGUUAGUAUGUGUGUAACUGUGAAUGAGUGAGUGAUUGCCUGUAAAUGUGUAUGUUUCAGUAUGUGUGUGUUGGUUAAACAGUGUGUGUGACAAUGACUGUGUAUCUGUGAGUGCAUGCAUCAGUGAGGGUGUGUGUCAGGAAGAGAAAUUUGGAGAGUUGGAGGGUGCCCGAGUUUUGUCAUGCCUGGUUCAGCCCAAAACCAUAUAUAAUAAUACACCAAUGAUCUUGGCGAGGAUCCAUCAGGGAAACCUUGGUUUGCAAACUUUGAGAAAUCUACUCGGGUGCCUUCCACUCCAACCGAACCUUAUUAGCGUAACGUAACUUGAUGCUCCAGCGUCCCCUUUUUGAGCCUGUGCACACCUUUUUAGUCUCUAAUCUCUAAACUCUGUACUGUGCACCACGUUUGCUGGUGUUUAUAAAGAAUCAGGCAGUUUUGAAUAAUUGCUUUAACUUUUUGUUGUAAGAUAGUUUAUUUUUCCAGUAUCAAUAAAUCAAGUCAAACCUCUUCUGGAUGGAGUCAUGACUCACUCUACCUGUUUGGCGGUCCCUUUUUUUUUUUAUACCGCUGUACACCUAUUACGCUAGAGCUGGCCAUAGCUCGCAUAAAUGUGUGUGUGCUACCAUUAUUUCUACUUAUAACAUAUUUCUAAUCACAUUUAUUGCACCAUCCGCUGUCCUCUGUUUUUUGUCUUUUAUAUAUGCAUACGGAGCGCUCGGAUUAAUUGACUCAUCGUUUCAACUGACGAUCUUUCAUUUUUCCAUCAAGUACUUUAUAUUGACUCUCAUCUAUGACUUAUAGUCACCUAUACAAGAUUAUCUCUUACUAGGACUAUCUCUACUAUUGAUAUUAUCUGUAUAUAUAUUUAUUAUCUUUGGCGCAACCUUUCCUUGCCUUGUCUUGUUUUAUAUUAGUUUUAAGGGUCUUGAGGGAUCCCCUUUUUUUAGGCUGCUGCCUUCCGGUAUUUUGUAUGUUAAUUAGCGCUGACUUAUCUCUUGGUUUUUGUAUUUCGUAAGAUUUUAUAUUUAUUUAUUUGUAUAAUAACUCAAACUCUGCUUCAGUGACUGAGGUUUGAGGUAAAUUCUAGACUUUGCAAAUGUUGCAUUAUUUUGUCUGUGUAGUUAAAACAUGCCAAAUCUGCUUUGAUCUGGUUUAGGAGUGGUUAGAUGGGCACCUAAUGUACUUUCUGACUUUUUUGCUUUAUGUAAACUACAUUCCCUAGGGGGUCAUUCUAAACAUCCACCACUGAACAAAUAAAACCCAUCAAUAACAAUUAACAAUAGUAUGUGAAAGUAAAGUUGCAACAAUAGAUUUUUCAGAUUAUAGCUAUCUUUAUUUAAAGGAACACUAUAGUCCCCUAAACAACUUUAGCUUAAUGAAGCCGUUUUCGUGUAUAGAUCACGCUUCUCAGGUUUCACUGCUCAAUUCACUGCCAUUUAGGAGUUAAAUCACUUUGUUUCUGUUUAUGCAGCCCUUGUCACACCUCCCCUGGCUAUGAUUGACACAGCCUGCAUAAAAAAACACAACUGGUUUCACUGUCAAUCAGAAACAUAGAAACAUAGAAUGUGACGGCAGAUAAGAACCAUUCGGCCCAUCUAAUAGUUUACCUUAAACAAUUGUAUCUCUUUCUCUGUAAAUUGAACUUACAGGAGGCUCUUGCAGGAUCUAGCAAGCUAUUAACAUAGCAGGGGAUAAGAAAAUCUAAUAUAAACAGAACUUGCAAUAAAGGAAGGAUAAACUUCAGAUGACUUUACAGGAAGUGUUUAGGAAGGCUGUGCAAGUCACAUACAGGAAGGUGUGACCAGGGUUCAUAAACAAAGUGAUUUAACUCCUAAAUGGCCGAUAAUUGAGCAGUGAGACUGCAUGUUCUAUACACCAAAACAGCUUCAUUAAGCUAGAGUUGUUUUGGUGACUAUAGUGUCCCUUUAAUAAAAAUAAAAAGUGCUUUGGUAGUGAAAAGGCACAAACAUAAAAUGUAACUUGCAAGAAAAGGUGUAUUAAAAGUUUGUAAGUUGAGGGAAGCCAAUAUUAGUAGUUUGAAUUAGUUAAAGGGACACUACAGGCAUCCAUUACAUGUCCCUGUAGUAAAAGUACAUAUUUUAUUGUAUGUAUUGGGGUUGAUGUUUACUGUAGUCAUUGCUGACAACCAGGAGUAGGGGGAGUUUGAGAGCAGCCUGGAUGUUUGUCAGCCCUUUCAGCAGAGGUGGCCGCCUGAGGGAGAAUUGAGCCGAGCGGAGAGGGAGCUGUAAUCUUCUUGCUCUGUUCCCUUGUAUGCCAUGCUGUGAUUCCGGGAUAUGAUGUCACUCUGACCCUUGCACCACUAAACCGCAUGCGAGGGAGCAAAGCAAGAGCUUGAAGAGUACAGGAUCACAGUGUCUGUGUGUCAGUGUGUUCAGCGCCAAGGGAAGGGGGCCCUGAAGGUGGGGGGUCCUAGGAUGCUAUAGUGUCAGGAAAACAAGUUUGUUUUCCUGACACUAUAGUGAUCCUUUAAAGUCUGGGCUCUGGCUGAGACACUCAAGGACAUUUGCAGAGUUGUCCCUAAGCCACUCUUGCAUUGUCUAGGCUGUGUUAUAGUCAUAGUCCUGUGGGAAGGUGAAGCUGUAUAAGUCUGAUGUCUUGAAUGCUCUGGCCAGUUGUUCAUCAAAGGGACACUAUAGUCACCAGACAAACUACAGCUUAUUGUAUUUGUUCUGGUGACUAGAAUCCUUCACUUCAGGCUUUUUGCAGUAAACACUGUCUUUUCAGAGAAAAUGCAGUGUUUACAUUACAGCCUAUGGAUAACUCAACUGGCCACUCCUCAGAUGGCUAAUAGAGGUGCUUCCUAGGGCAGUGCUGCACAGUAUGCAGCACUGCCAUUCAUUGUCUCCACCCUCUGCAUGCAGACACUAAACGUUCCUCCUAAAGAUGCAUUGAUUCAGUUAAUCUCAAUGAGGAGAUGCUGAUUGGCCAGGGCUGUGUUUGACUUGUGCUGGCUCUGCCCCUGAUCUGCCUCAUUGUGUCUCAGCUAAUCCUAUUGGAAGCAUUGUGAUUGGCUCAGACCAUCACUUCUGAUGAUGUCAGCAAGCAAGUCAGAGGCAGCAGCUGCAGUCUUGAAUACAAGUAAGAUUUUACUAUAUGUAGGGAGGCAAGAGGGGGCCAGGGUGGUUAGAUGGUGGUUUCAACACUACAGGGUCAGGAAUACGUGUUUGUGUUCCUGACCCAAUAGUGUUCCUCUAAGGAUAUAUCCUUGUGUUGUGUACAGCUUUCUCUCAACCCUGACCCGUUUCCAAUCCUAGGUGCUUAAAAACACCAUUGGGGUGGUAUUGCAGAGGUAAUGAGCUGUGCCUGUCUUUCCCUAGACAUUAAACUUACUUUUAUUUGAGGCCAAAAGGUUUAUUCUUCUUUUCAUCAAACCAGAAAAUCUUGUUACACAGUCCAAGAGUCAUUUAGACACUUUUUUUUCUUCUUCUUCUUUAAAUUCCUGUGUCUUGCAAUAAGGACACGCUUCCAUCUGGCCAGAUUGGUGUAGUGUUGUAGUGAUAGUUGUCCUUCCACAAGUAUCUCCCAUCUCCACACAUGAUCUCUGGAGCUUACCCAGACUGACCAUCGUUCAGCAGGCAGAUUUUGAUCAUGAUUAUAAUGGCCAUCAGAUUGCUCUUUGGAUUAACAAACACAUACAUGUUAAUUAUAGUCUUGAAUAUUUUGUUUAAAAACAAAAAAAAAAUCCAUGCCUUUUUUGAAAACUGUCUGCAAAUUUGAUGCUACAACCGUAGAGUUCCACAUCUUUAUUGUUCUUGCUGUAAAGAACCCUUUUCUCUGCUGUAAGCAAAAAUGGCUUUCUUUCAGUCUCUGUAGAUCUUGCCUGUUGUAUUUUCUUGCUAAGAAACAGGUUGAUAAAUUAUACUGCUGCUGAAUGACUGGGAACCAGGAACUACGCAACAAGCUACUCCAAUACUUUAAGAAAUUUGUGGAUGAAAAUACACCUUUCUUCUGUUUAACAUCACCUAAACGGCUCCAUGGUGUAAAAUUUGUACUCUCCAAAUACUUGCAGAUUAAGGAUCGAUCAUAAUUCCAGGACUGGGGCUGAAUUUGCUGAAAAUUCUUUCAAUGUUCCAGAUGUCCUUGAACUUUAUGCUACAUAUAUGUUCAUAGAAUUAAUGGAACAAUUAACCCUUCUCAGUGGAGCUAAACUCAAGUGGCAGCAAUUGCCCAGAGCACCUGCCUUGCAAAGACUUCUCAUUGAGCUGCAUUGGGAAGUUUGUGAUUGGACAGCCACAGAAAGAUUGAGUGAGGUUAGAAGGGGAGGGCUUGCAAAGGCAGCAUACAAGAGAACUGCAACUUUUGCAAGCUUUUUUUUAGUUAUACCUCCAAUGAAAAAAUGCAUAAUUAAAUGUAUCCAGGUUUUCAUUGGGAAUAUAUCUACUAAAUAGUGAUAUUUGUUUUUAACAUUUGUAUUAGGCAGUGGAUUUUCCCUUUAAUACUAAGAGUUGACAUUCACCAAAUCUAAACUGAUAUUUUUGUAUAAUUUUUCUGCCCACCUGGACCAAGCACAUCAUUCAAGAUAUCUAAUGAGUGCAAAGCGUAUGUUAUCUUGAACAAUGUUCUUAGAAAGCUGACACCUCCCAAGAUAACUACUGACCGGAUUCUUCCAUAGUAUUUACAAGAGACUAAGGCAAUCUAACAGCUUUUAAUUAAACCUGUAACUUGGAAUUGUGGUGUGUAAAUCAUAAAUAUAAUUAACUGUAAAAUACUGUUAAUUUUUAAUUAUUCAUUAUGCAUAUAUUUGUUUCUCAAAAUGCAUGAUUAAAGUUGGCCUUUCCCCUGAUUUCUACUAUACCUAGCUUUGCAAAACAUAGAAUAGCAGAAUGCUAGCGUGUACAUUCAGUGUACUUAUAUCAGUAAAAAUUUCAGAUAUUCUACUUGCAAAAGAAAAUUUUAAAAAGGGCACUUUCUUGCACCCAUUAGAAAAGAGAAAAGUCCCAAAUAAAAAUUUGUGACUAAGACUAUGAUCCUUCCUUUUUUUAUUGACCAUAAAAGUGGAAGUUUCAGCUAUCUUGAGCAUUACAUUAGGAUUUAAGUUCUAUAUCUCAAGAACAGGAAUGUGCAAAAUGUCUAUAUGUAUACAUAUGUAUACUUGGAAUGUAGUCUUGAUAGCAAUUUUUUAAAGUGUAUAAUUAAAAAUUAAAAACAGAUUGUUUUGCAAUUGUUGAAAUACAAUUAGGAAGUUGAAAUCAUUGGACCACUUGAGAUGGAUUGACCAAAGUCUAUGCAAGACUUUACUAUCACUCCAAUGGCUAUUAAAGUGUAAGCUCAUCUGCCACAUCAAAACCUCUUAGAUGAGUCAUAUCGAAUAAAAACAAAAGAAAAUGUACUUGUGCACUAUCCCAAAUCCCUGUGCACAUUUAAAGCUAAAGGAACACUGUACCCAAACUUCACUUCAUUGAGAUGUGAGCUUACAUUUUAAUAGCUGUUUUAGUCAUACUAAAAAAAAAAAAAAAAUCUUCAAAACAAACUUUUUGUGUUUUUUGUUUUUUUAAUUUGUAUUUUUCUUUAUUGUAUGUGUGCUAUAGUCAUUGCUACCACCCAGGAGUAAUGAGCGCUUAAGCGCAGGGUUUAAUAUUGUAUAUGUUUGUAUUUUCUUUUCAAACAUUUUUUUAUUUAAAUGUUUUUAUUUUAUUUCAUUUUUUUAUAGAUUUUACAACAAAAUAUUCAGUAUUCUCAAAAUAAAGAAAAAAGCUAAAAAUAUGUCUACAUAAACAAACAUUUUAAUUAUACAAUGACUAAUACAAUUACAACAUUGCAUCAUUAUCUUGUCAAAUGUUUUGUUUUUUUUAAAGGUUUUAAUUUUUAAUAAUAAUAAUAAAAGCACUCCACAUGCACCAGCCAUAAAUAGUGUACAAACAGUUGCGUAUACAAACAGAACAAGAGUAAAAGGAGAGGCACAUUAACUACAGUCAUAAAGAGUAUUUUUGUUUGACAUUAUCCUCCCAUACGUUCCAGUGGUAAGUAGAUGAUUCUGUUGUGUUUGAUAGCAUCUCAUAGCACUUAUUCUCUAAGGCCAGUGUUAAUACUUCUUUAAUAGCAGGAACUACGUCAGAUCUCCAAUAAUGUGGUAUUACCAUAGUGGUCGCUAUCAAAGUAUGGCCUACCAGUAUCUUAUCCACUUUGGUAAAGUUUUCAGGAAAUUACUUGAAUAAACCUAGUUCUGGAGUCACUAAAAUCUUUAUAGUUACAUAAUGAUGUGCAAAAAUAUGUGUAUGAGGAAAUACAUUCCUAUUAUUAGCUAUUUAACCAAUAUUAACAGCAUGUUGUGUAACGUCCUCAAAGUAUCUUUAACAUAUCUACACUUGAUCUCAUUAAACAAUAAUAGCAACGAAAGAAAGAUCAAAAGAUAAUCAUAGUGAAGUAUUAUUACUUUUAUGCUAAUACCUUCGCUGUAUGUUUCCAUUGGCCCAGAGAGUUUUCACUUGUGUGAGCAAGAGAGACGAUUGUCUUAUGGCUAGCUCGUAUCUUAUGUUCUCACAAGUAAAUUCAAUCAUUUCAGUUUUCGAUGGUAUAUGUUUGUAUUUUCUUUUGUAUUACACAUCCAUGUUACAGUGCUGCCACCCAGCCCAUGUGUUCCCUAUUAAGGACUAAUACAGGGCUUGAGAAAUCCCAGGCGCCAGGUCGCCAAUGCAACUAGAAAUUUUACCCAGGUGCCUGGGAUUUGAAGCCCUUUAGCAAAAGACAGGAUGGGGGAACAAUGGAGCCGGCCGCCCUGGGGAUCGUGGAUGGCAGCAUCGCUGUUAUCGGCUGGGACUGCGAGGGAGCAGUGAUCUUCAAACGGCUCCCUCUGCUCCCUUGCGCUGUUUAAUGAUGCCGGGAGCCGGAAUAUGAUGUAGUUCCGGCCCGGUACCACUGCAGAGAGGAGCCGCUUGAAGAUCACUGCUCCCUCACAUGCAGGAUGAGCGAGCAGCCCCACUGGACCCUAGGGAAAGUGCACUCAGCUCUCCCAAAGGUAGGGAGGCUGGGUGGAUUCAAAUUAAAAUGGAAAAUGAGUGUGUGUAUCUCUCUGUGUCAGUAUAUGUGUGUGUGUGUCUCUGUCUGUGUCUCUCUCUCUCUCUCUGUCUGUGUGUGUCUCUCAGUCAGUGUGUGUAUGUCUGUGUGUCUCUCUCUGUCAGUGUGUGUGUCGGUGUCAAAGAGUGUUGUCAUCUUGUGUCUGUUUAGGUACCUGCACCCCUCCGAUCACGCCAUGCCUGUUUUCCGCAGCUUGUCCUACCUUCAUGGGUGAGAUAAUCAAUCUUUAAGAUCUCCACUAAACCAAGCAUUCGGAGGAUAUUGGGCAUGUUUUCUAUAUGUAUCAUUCAGCACCUUCAUGCAGAGUGUGGAGACGCUGAACAAAGGUGCUGUACACUGUGCAGCACUAACACAGGACUCUCUAGUGGCAUCUGAGUGACUGUCACUAGAGGUGUUACUAGGAAGCAAUGUAAACACUGCCUUUUCUCUGAAAACAACUACAUCAAGCUGUAGUGGUUCUGGUGACUAUAGUGUCCCUUUAUGAAUUGUAUAUUUCUCGUAAAUUAAACUUUGCUAGUUUUAAAAAAAGUUGGCUCUUUACUUUUUUAGCUGGCUCCUAGAUUCCCAAAAAUGUGUCAACCCUGGGUUAAUAUAAUACCAAAGUAUUUAAACAGAAAAGGUACAUUCAGAUUACUCUGGUUUUCAAGUACAUAUGAAGGGGUUUAGAAAAAUGCCCCUCUCUUGUCUCAUUAGAUAUUUUUGCCCUGUUGCUUCAACGAAGGAAGGUGCAUUGUUAGUGUAGGACUUAUCAAAAAGGUUUUGCCUUGACAUGGUGUAAGGUGAGCUUACACUUCAAUGGCCAUUGGAGUAAUAGUAAAAAAAAAACACCAGUUAUUUAAAUGUGCAUAUGGAUUUGAGAGAGUGCACAUGUAAAUUUUUUCCUAGUUAAAAACAAAACAAAAAAAAAACAUUAUUAUUAUUAUUAUUAUAGCUUUACACAACACAGUUUGCGUGCCAUGUCUAUCUAGUGUUAACAUUGCCGUUCCACAUUAACAACAGGGUUUAAAUGCCUCUAGUGGCCGUCAUUCUCACCUUUAUACUCCUGUUUCAUUCUGAUGUUCACACUUACGGCAUAAAAUGCACAGUGUGCAUGGAAUUCUAAAGAGGAAUCUGGCAAUAAAGGAUUUUCCUUGCUGUAGCGUUUUCACAUGACCACUAGCAGCAUUCUGGAACCUGUCCAGUUUUUAAUCAAAUAAAAACAAUAAAUGUUUGAUGUAAAACCUGCUGAAUUUAGCCCCAGCUUCUUAUUCCAACAGGAAAUAUGCUGCUGAAGGUAGUUAGAAUUUUCCAGGUAUAACUAUGCAAAGUAGCAUCCAGCAUUGAAGCCAAGGCAAGAAUUCAAGACAUUUCUGAGAUGGUUUAAAUGCUUUUUAAAUGAAGGCAACGAAAUUUGCCAUGCAUGCCCGUCACAUGAUGACCUUCACAUGCUCAGUGCUCCUCCCAGAUAUUUUUAUGAGGGCACAUGGAUUUCGCUGAAAUUUAUUCAGUUAUUUCCUUGUGUCAGAAUACAUGGAGAGUGCAAGCUAAACCAAGCAUAAUGCAAAAAGUUCUUGUGUACCUGCAGCAAAUGCACGUUUUUGUGAGUGCGUCCAACAUUAACUCAAGCUGUGCAGCUGCAAUCAGAAUGAAUAAAGUUUAACCCAAAUAUUCACCGAGAAUUUAUCAACCUUGAGUCAGUCUAAAACCAGUUAGUUACCACUUAUGUAUAUGAAUGCAUGGGGAAACUUUAUAUGGCAAUUCAACUCAAUGCAGAAAUCACAAUUAUUUAUCUAGGGCAAUGUUUUUCUAUUGGGACAUACAGAAUAUUGCCAAUAGGGCAGUAUUCUAUUCACUACAAAAGAGGUUUGGAGAAACCCUUUAAUAUAGUAACUUUACACCAGUUUACACACAGUUUAUACUGGAUACACAUGCAGACCCAGAUAUAAGAGCAUCCUUAAAAGGGACACUAUAGACACCCGGGCCACUUCAGCUUAUUGAAGUGGUCUGGGUGCACUGUCCCAGCACCCUUAAUCCUGCAAAGCUAAUUAUUGAAGAUUUUUAAUACCUUCUGCACCACAGGGGGAGGUGGGCACUCUAGGGAAUUAUAGUGCCAUGAAAACAACUUUGUUUUCAUGGCACUUUUCUCUUUAAAGGACCACUAUAGUGCCAGGAAAACAUACUCGUUUUCCUGGCACUAUAGUGCCCUGAGGGUGCCCCCACCCUCAGGGACCCCCUCCCGCCGGGCUCUGGGGAGAGGAAGGGGUUAAACUUACCUCUUUCUCCAGCGCCAGGCAGGGAGCUCUCCUCUCCGCUUCCGCUCCUCCUCUUCGGCUGCAUGUGCGGCAAGAGCUGCGCGCGCAUUCAGCCAGUCCAUAGGAAAGCAUUCACAAUGCCUUCCUAUGGAUGCUGGCGUCUUCUCACUGUGAUUUUCACAGUGAGAAACGCGGAAGCCCUCUAGCGGCUGUCAAUGAGACAGCCCUAGAGGCUGGAUUAACCCAUUUAUAAACAUGUUUAUAAAAAAAAAAGGGGGUUAACCCUAGCUGGACCUGGCACCCAGACCACUUCAUUAAGCUGAAGUGGUCUGGGUUCCUAUAGUGGUCGUUUAACAAAGGUUACCUUCUGUUCUCUGAUGGAGAGCAGGUAAAGUUGUUGAAAUAGGUGUUUCAUAUCCUUCCUCACUCUGAAAUAGGCAAGUUUGUAUGGUUAAAGGGACACUCCACUGCCCAAGUGCAAUUUUUUUUUUUCUUUUAAUUCACUGUUUAUUAUAUAUACCCAAAUGAAAACUUGGAUGCAUUAUGCGUUUUUUAAUGGUUACAUUUAAAAACCUGCAUCUCUCUUGUCUGCUGACUUUGCAAACUCUCCCUUUCUUCCCCAACCAAGACUUUGUGUCCAAUCACAAAUUUCCCAAUGCAGCUCAAUGAGAAGUCUUUACAAGGUAGAUGCUUUGGGCAAUUGAUGCAUCUUCAGUUUAGCUUCACUGAGCUAAACAAACCAGGACGUGUUGCCUGCUUGAAUUGCAGGGGGUGUAACCAUAUCUGUUACAUAUAGGAAUAAUUAAACAUAUGAAAACUCUUGAAGUAACGGCACAUGUCCACUCCCAAAUGUGGCAAAAAUAAUAAUUUUUUCACAGGAUUAUUUACUGACGUAUAAUUUUUCUGAAAUGCUUAGUUAAUUUUUAAUUUUAAUCUAAACAAACCAAAUUGGAAAAUUCUCAAAUUUAGCAAUGUGAUCAGUUCGGCUCCUUUAACCUAACAUUUCAAAUUCGCAUUAAAAUCCCAGCAGUUCAUACUUUAGAGAAUAAGCUUGUUGGUUUUGCCGGAGUGUGCAUGCAUAUUAUUAAUUAAAACUCAUUAACUUUACAUGUGAAAGAAAAGUGAAAUACUGAAACAGUUACCAUGGUAACCAGUGAAAUGCUCCAUACUUAAAGUUUUGUGUUGCACUUUUCCCCAGAAUUGCCCUUUAUAAAAUAGUGUAUUUUUCAGUUUUCUGACUAUUGCCUUCCAUGGUCUAUUGCAGAGGUAGGCAACCUUUUAGCAGCACUGUGCCGAAAUAAGAUUGUGAUAUCCUGUAGCAUGCCGGUCCUAUUUUUUUUUUUUUUUUUUUAAAUGAGGUGUGUUUGUUGCAGUAUUCUGCUUGUGUUAUUUAUACUGCAUGUGCUUUGUAUCGUACUAUUUGUGCGUAUAUGAACUAUUACAUUGUGUGUGUUUACAAGUAGUUUGUGGUGUUGUGUAUGAUACCUAUGAAUGUGGGCUGUGUAUGGGGGCUGUGUGUGGAUGGAUAUGUCACAUUGUGUGUUUUGUAGUGUGUUUAUGUGAGGGGCUGUUUGGGGUAUUGCAUGUGGGGUUGUGUGCAUGUAUGUGGAUUGUCAGGGGUGUUGAGUUUGUGGGGAUUGUGUGUAUGUUUGUGUGUGGGCUGUUAGUAUUUGUAUGAGGGGAGGCUUAUUCUGCAUUUCUGUGUAUAUGUAGCAGUGUCGGUGGCUUCCCUGGGUUCCAGUUGGGGCCAGGUACAGGUCAAGGACAGGAGCUGAGCUGCAACAGCAACUGCAGGCUGCUCUUCUACUGUGUUGAUUCCCAAGUGCUGGGUGGAAGUGAUCUGAGAUCAGUUCCUCUACGUGCUGCAAAUUGAGUAUUGUCCUUCACCACUUUUUCGUAUUAGCAGGUAUCGGAGGUUUCUCUGGGAUUCUUGAUAGGCCAGAACCUGUUUGGUUCUAGCAGCCUUGAGUGCCCUGCAAAGAUACCUCGAGGGCUGUGCAUGGCACACGUGCCAUAGGUUUCCUAAACCUGGUCUAUUGAGUACAAAAAUAGAAAUAAAGCAGGGGUCUGUCAUACAAAGUGAUCUCCCAUCCAUAUUAUUCAUUUUUAAUAAGAAGCAAUUUUUGUUAGAAUACCAGAAACUCUUCUAAAACUUGGGUGCAGUAUGUAAUCAAUGUUGAUUUAAUGUCAACACAGCCCUUUUCUGUCCUAAUAUAAACCAGUGUAAGUCUACUUUUGUUGCUUUUCAAUGUUCUGGGAAAAGAAUAAUCAGAGUGCGUGCAAUAUUUUCACUGCAAGUUCAUCCUGCUGAAACCAGUUUGAGCCUUUUUUUUUUUUUUUUUUACAUCUAUUCAUUCCUCUUAAAAGACACAUGGUACACAUUUAAUUCAGCUGCCAGCUCUGGAGAAAGCAGCACAUUACUUUUCCACUACCCCCAUCCCAACUCUUUUUUUUCUCUUCUUUAUUCUUUAUUUGAAUCCUUUGAAAUAUGUUCUCCCAUGCUUACUAGGCUUAAGUGAAAGGAGGUAUAUAUUUCAUAAAUAUAUCCAAAGCAAAUCAAGACAGCUUAUAAGUAGAGGUUCGGACUUCCAAGUCUGCUGGAUACUUGUUUGCUAUCUAGGUCAAACUCAACCACAUUCUUGGUGUUUCAUACCAUUAUGAACUGGACUAAAUAUUUAAAGGAACACUCCAAGAAAAGAAUAGUGCUUUUGGCACCAGGAGUGCCCUGCCACCCCACACCUCCUUUGAAGACAUGGAAGCACCUAAGUAGGAGCUUCCAUUAGCUUUCCUGAGCUAAGCCCUGCAUUCCAGGGUAACUUAUUGGCUAGAAUUUACUGCCUUCAGUGGGAAAUAGUGGAGGUGGGGAGUGGAACUUGGCAGACCCCAGGUAAAAAAAAAUCAAUCUGUUCUAAAACUAUUUGACCCCUUACAGAGAGGAGCACUUAAGCACCAUAGCCACUAUAAUGAGUAGUGCUUGUAGUGUUUGAAGUGUUUUUUUUAACCGUAAACAGAUGUAAAUUUUAUGUACACCCUGUGUUAAUUUAUGCAGUCUAUUUCUUAGAAUCAAUGUUAAUUCUAUGCGUUAAAUUGGCACUUUGAUUUCUCCGUUUUACAUUCAAACAUAUUUUGGAAAAGCAGACUAUAUACACUGAACAAAAUUAUAAACGCAACACUUUUGCCCUAAUUUUUCAUGAGCUGAACUCAAAGAUCUAAGACUUUUUUUCUAUGUACACAAAAGGCCUAUUUCUCUCAAAUAUUGUUCACAAAUCUGUCUAAAUCUGUGUUAGUGAGCAGUCUAAAUCUGUGUUAGUGAGCACUUCUCCUUUGCCGAGAUAAUCCAUCCACCUCACAGGUGUGGCAUAUCAUUAGACAGCAUGAGUAUUACACAGAUGUGCCUUAGGCUGGCCACAAUAAAAGGCCACUCUAAAAUGUGCAGUUUUACUGUAUAAGGAGGCUCGGGAGGGGGGGGGGAGGGGGAUUCCGAAAACCAGUCCCUAUAUCUAGUGUUAUCACAAUUUGCCUCAUGCAGUGCAACACAUCUCCUUCGCAUAGAGUUAAUCAGGUUGUUGAUUGUGGCCUGUGGAAUGUUGGUCCACUCCUCUUCAAUGGCUGUGAGAAGUUGCUGGAUAUUGGCAGGACCUGGAACACGCUGUGGUAUACGCUGAUCCAGAGCAUCCCAAACAUGCUCAAUGGGUGACAUGUCCAGUGAGUAUGCUGGCCAUGCAAAAACUGGGAUGUUUUUAGCUUCCAGGAAUUGUGUACAGAUCCUUGCAACAUGGGGCCGUGUAUUAUCAUGCUGCAACAUGAGGUGAUGGUUGUGUUUUAAUGGCAAAACAAUGGGCCUCAGGAUCUUGUCACGGUAUCUCUGUGCAUUCAAAAUACCAUCAAUAAAACACACCUGUGUUCGUUGUCCAUAACAUACGCCUACCCAUACCAUAACCCCACCACCACCAUGGGCCACUCGAUCCACAAUGUUGACAUCAGCAAAACGCUCACCCACAUGCCAUACACGCUGUCUGCCAUCUGCCCUGUACAUUGAAAACCGGGAUUCAUCAGUGAAGAGAGCACCUCUCCAAAGUGCCAGACGCCAUCGAAUGUGAGCAUUUGCCAACUCAAGUCGGUUAUGACGAUGAACUGCAGUCAGAUCGAGACCCCGGUGAGGACGACGAGCAUGCAGAUGAGCUUCCCUGAGAUGGUUUCUGAGGGUUUGUGCAGAAAUUCUUAGUUCUUUGAGUUCAGCUCAUGAAAAAUGGGGGCAAAAACAAAAGUGUUGCGUUUAUAAUUUUGUUCAGUGUAUAUUGCAGUGAAAAGGGAAAAAACUUUCACUUGUCUUGCCAUUUACCAUCAGCUAUCAAUCUGAUGGGAGAAGUCAUCUCAUUUGAGAUUGUAAUCAUGUUUCCUAAAUAAAAUCUAAAUUGUAGAUUUUGUAUUUCAGUAUGCUCCUUAAAGCAGGCUUCUGCAUUUACCACAACCACUUUGCUAACAGAAUAGAGUACACACAUUUUUACUUUUAUGUACAUUGCAAUUUCGUCUAUACUCUAGGAAUUAUUAGCAACCUGUAGAGGAAUGCAUUUCUCUACCAGAAACCACUGGUAUAAUGCCUGCAGGUUUGCUGAAAGUAUCUUCUUUAUGCAGAAAAGUGAAUUUCAUAUAUAGUAUUGUCUAAAGCUUUUCAUUUUCCAAAUAUUUUUAUAUAGACUGAAAGAAUUAAUGGAUCUAAAAAUUGUGAACGACUUUACUGGAAAGGCUGCACUGGGGCAUAUAUUUUCCAGUGCUUUCAAAGAUUAGUGGGAGUCACAGUCCCAUGAAGCAGCUAUUUCAUCUGUCACCAUUUGUCAACAGUGCAUUAUACCCAGGGACGUAUUAGCCGCGAGGCAAACAAGGCAUUUGCCUUGGGCGGCAUUUUUCAGGGGGCGGCAAAAAACGCCGCCCCCCAAAUGCCCAGGGCAGAUGCCUUGUUAGCCUCGCGGCUAACUGACAUCCCGGGCGGCCGGCGAGAGAGCACUUCCCAUGAGCUGACUGCUCAGCUCCCUCGCGCACCGCAAAGUGAGGCUGGGAGCCGGAAGAUGACGUCAUCUUCCGGUUCCCAGCCUCACUCUGCAGCCGACGCGCGAGGGAGCUGAGCAGUCAGCUCAUGGGAAGUGCUCCCUCGCCGACCGCCCGCCUGCCAGCGCCGCACGCCCUGCAGCCACUGGACCACCAGGGAGAGAGACCUCUCACCCCAGCACUCCCAAAGGUAAGGAGGUUGGGGGGGGAUUUAAAUUAAAAAAAAAGUUAAUGUGUGUGUGUUUGUGUCUGACUGUGUGUGUUUGUGUCUGACUAUGUGUGUGUGUGUGUGUGUUUGUGUCUCGACUGUGUCUGUGUAUGUGUCUGACUGUGUGUGUGUGUGUUUGUGUAUGUGUCUGACUGUGUGUGUGUGUUUGUGUGUGUUUGUGCGGGGGGGGGAGGGGGGCGCCUGAGUUUUGUCCUGCCUAGGGCAGCACAAAACCAGGAUACACCACUGAUUAUACCCAAUGUAUUUAAGGAAAUAAUGGAAUGGAGGAUGUCACCAUCUGAGUUUUUAUUUAUAUAUAUAUAUAUAUAUAUAUAUAUAUAUAUAUAUAUAUAUAUAUGAGAAAAUAUGCACACAAUUGAAUUUAUAGUAACGUUAAAUACUCCCUUGCUUUUGACUGUUUCUGUAGAGCACUGUAAAGCCUCUGUGUCAGCUGAGUCAUAUGUUUAAAUAGUUAACUAUCUUGAACAGCUCGGAAUUUGCUGACAAGGUGAGAUCUGUUUGUCUAAGGAUUUAGCACAGAACUGUGAGGCAAAACACUGAAAAGCUAAAGACUGUGGAGGAGGGUGAGAAGAGAAGUGGCUGGAGUUCAACAACACAGCUUGGCUCGGCAUUGUUUUUCCCUCUUUUCAUUAUUUUUAUUUUUUCUCUGAAAAAGGUUUAUUCUGCACGGUAAAAGUAGAUAGGGAUGUAAAAGUUUGACCUCUUUAUGGACUUGCUAGCUAGCAUCUUCACUUCAACUGUGUAAAAGGGAAACAUAAAAACAUGAAACGUGUCCAAUUACUGACUGUCAGCCAGCAGUACGACUAUAGAGAGGGCUUCAGCCCAAAUGAGCAAGAAAGGUUAAAAAAAAAAAACAACUAACCAUAAUUUGUUUCAAAUUUUUAAAAAAUAGUUUGAAAAGCUUAUCUAAAAUAUUAAAUACUUUGAAAAGCUUACCCAACAUUAAAUCUAGGCCAUAGUGUAAUAUUUUGUGCCGAAGGUUGCCUAUAACUGCACUAAAGUAUAUAUAAAGUAAAUCAAAUGAUCUCAUACAUUAUAGCUGUUAAAAUUGAAACAAAACAACAAACAUACCAGGUAGCAAUUCCUUGUUAAAGGAAAACUGUAGGCACCCAGACCACUACAGCUAAUUGAAGUUGUCUGGAUGCUGUGACCCUUUUGUACUUAGUGAUGCAAUGUAAAACAUUGCAGCUCUAAGUCUGCCCUUUGUGGCUGUCUAAGCUUCCAGAUUCGUAACUGACUUUUGGUCCGUUAAGUAAUGCUUUCCAAUAGGGAAGUUUAAUGUGGGCACGGCCAUUGCCGCGCAUGCGCAUUAGGUCUCCCCCGACUGGGGAUGGGGGACACUCCAGGAUUCUUUAGUGCCAGGGAAACAGGUUUGUUUUCCUGGCACUGGAGAAUCCCUUUAAGUGGCUGAUAAUCUCAUUGAGGACGUGUGCAGCAAACAUCACUGUCAACCAAUCCAUGCUUCUCACAGUUAAUCAUUAAACCCAGUGCUUCUCACAGAUAAUCACUGAUAAUGUUUGGCAGCAUCAUGUUGUAUGCAAUGUGAAAGCAUUCAAAUAUCAAAGGAUCUGAAGAAGGAAUUGUCUGUAGUAGCUAUCUGGUUGACAGCCACUAUAGGCAUAUUUUUGAUCAAAUAUCUGCAUUAUUGUUUCUCAUAAAUAGCAAUGGUUUCAGUUGUCUGAAAAAAGACAGCAUCUAUAAUAAUAAUAAUAAUAUAAUAAUUUGGUAAAACAGGCUAGUAGAUAUACCUGUUAUGAAAACAGGCCUGUAUUUAUUUGUCAUUGUGAGGUAUAUUUAGAAACGGCUUGUAGUAUCUCUUAUCUACAGCCUUGGCAAGCUCUCCAUUUUUCCCAACACAGAGAGGAAUUGGAAUGCUCAAAUCAGAGGCCUCUCAUUGAGAAGUCUCUUUGCUGGAGCCGCACACACUCUGCUUUCCAAUACUUAUCAGUGAGCUGGAGCUAACGGAAGAGGAAGAAAAUCUGGCUGGCUGAUUAACAAUCAGGGAGUUUUCAGCCCCAAAGCAUGAAACUGAAAUUACGUUAGUGAUUUGACUGCCCUUUUGAGUCCCUGCAACCAAUAGAGGUUAAUCUGUCUUAAAAAAAUUUUUAUAAAAAAAAAGUUAACCGAAAGUGCAAAAACCGCUAUCACUGUGUUUUUGCAUUAUCAAAAAUGUGAUGUAUAUAUAAAAAAAAUAUAUAAAAUGCAACAAUUACAUAUACUGUGUCCUAUGCAUCUGCUGGAUUUCAAAACUAAACAAAAUAAAAAUUUCACUGAGCACUAUACUUUGUGAAUGUCUGUUUUCCUAGCACCCAUUUUAACCAGCAUUUUGAGUUUUAUAUUACAAAUAAAAAGGUGCAUUCUUGCUAUAAAGAUGUUUGUCACGGUUGCUAGUGUGGUCCCAUAUACAUACAAAAGAAAAGGAAAAUAAAAGGACAGAGCGUAAACCGGACCUUAGAAUGGCCCGACUAAUACGCUAGAGAUAGAGAAUGGUCAAAGGGAAAGCCAAGGUCAAGGAAGCCAGAAAUACUCAGAUACCGUUUAAACAAGCCAAGUCAGGGCAACCAGAAUUCGGAAUAACCAGGGAAAAGCCAAGAUCAGGAAAUAAGAUUCACAAAGAUAAACGCACUCUCGGAACCAGGAACAGGAAACCACAACGGCAAAGAACUGGAGUGAAUUAGGGAUUUAAAUAUCCCUCUGACCCCAGAACGUGCGUUGACGUUGUGACGUCACGCGCACAUCCGUAUUAAUUUUAGAGCCGAAACUUGUGAUGCGUGCGACCACGUGGUCAGCGCCAUCUUUGAUUUGGGCGCGACGCCCAGAAGACGCGGAGGAGCUGUUCCCGGCAAGCGGUUAAGCUCGCAAUAUCGGCGAGGUCAUGCCAGUUUGUCACGGCUGCGCCAUGCGGCGGGCCGGGGAGCCGCAACAAUGUUAAAGUUCUGAAAAAUUCAGAACUCGUGGAAAAAAAUUACAUUUUAUAUUCUUUCUAGGAAAAAAAUUUAAUAUUUGUAAUACCUGGGGGGAAAAAAUAAAAAGCAUGUAUAAAAAAUAAAAAAAAUACAGUGUGUUUGUCUGCAUAACAAUAUUUUGCUUGAAAUUAAAUAAAAUAACCUUUUCAGUAGAUGAUAGACUAAAUUUGCUUUUUAAAACUUUUUUGGUUACAAGUAGAGUUGCAGGGUCUGGAUAUAUGUUAAUAAACGACUGAUAAUGGAAUUAUUCCAUCAUGGAUGACCUCCUAAGGGAUGUUAUAGGUACCCAGACCACUUUAUAUCAUUGAAGUAGUCUGGGUGCAGUACCCCUGUCUGUUUAACCCUGCAAUGUAAUGUUUACAUUGAAGGGGUAAGUCAACCUUGAAUGUCCACCUGAAUGGAGUAUUGCUAAUUCCUACUAGAGUUUUACUCUGUUAAAACGACAUUGGAAGUCCUCAUGCUACAGGGAAGCAUUGAGUCAGAACAGAGCCAUGAUGUCAUGGGAGGAGGAGACCUAGGCAGCAGUGAGGGAGCCUCUGCACUGGAAUUAAGGGAAUUUAAAAAGUGUUUUUAGCCCUUUAGUCGGUGAAAGGGGUGGGUGGGGAGGGGCUAAUACAUUAGCGUUAGUAGUAGUAGCUUAGAGAGGUUGUGGUGUAUAGACCAUGUCCAUGCAGUCUAACUAUUCAAUUCUCUGCCAUUUAGGAGUUAAAUCACUUUGUUUGUGUAGCCCUAUCCACAACUCGCCUUCCUCUAUGUGACCUACACAGUCUACACAUAAACAUUUAAUGUAAAGAGAGAUGUUUAAAGUUAAACCUCCUUUAUUUCACAGUCUGUUUAAAUUAUAAUUUAGUAUUUCAUGUUCUGUUAUCAGUCUGAUAGAUACUGCUGGAGCCUUCUUUAUGUGAAUUUAAAUUACUGUGGGAGGCCUGCUAGGCAGCACUGCGGAGUUUGAAAAGACCACAAUCCGGUCUAGCUGCAAUGUCCCUGCAGCACAAUCACAGACUGCACAGAGUGAUCUGCUCUGGGCUGUGCAGGUGGCCCUCUGCUGAUCACUGAUUGAUUGCAGAGGCACUUUAAAUCAUUAUGACAACUUGUCACAUCCUGACAUAGCAGAAUAGAAGGAAAUAAUUCCACUCCUGCUGCUAGUGUACAGUGCAGAGUGAUCUGAAAUAUAAGGGAUUCCCUCUGCUGAAAUAGCUGGAGAUAGCUCGCUGUAGACUUAAAUUCUGUACUCUCGUGCAUGCGAGUACAGCAGUGACAUCGACUUCUGGCGCUGAAGCGUACCUUCUGGAGCAGGCUUCCCCAAACUCCUGCCCUCCAGAUGUUGCUGAACUACAACUCCCAUGAUUCUACGAAUGAAAUAGAUAGGCUGAGAAUUAUGGGAGUUGUAGUUCAGCAACAUCUGGAGGGCCGGAGUUUGGGGAAGCCUGUUCUGGAGGAAGAUGGCUCUGGAAAAGCAAAGGUUCAGGUAACCAGAUCUCAUCUUUGCCUGCCUCCCCUAGCCACCAGACCAGCAGCAUUGUUACCAUCGGGGUCUUUGCAAAUUAUGCAAAAUCCACAGACCGUAACAAUGCCACUUUAAUUCCCUUCUCCUGCUUACUGUCUGUAGAGAUUUGAAGAGAGAUCAGAUCAGCAAUUCUUUGAUACAUUAAAACAUAUAAUUUAUUUGGUUACUAUGUAAUCCUCUCCCUCUGGGCUGGUUGCCAAUUCCUAAUUACCUAACAGUCAUUGUGGGUGUAUGAGAAUCCUCUGACACGGAGUUUAAUGCUCUCUCUGGGAUGUUUUCCAAUUUACAUUGCUCUGGCAGUGGGUAAAAAAAGAAUUCCUUACUAGAUGCUCUCAAAGAAUUAAACAUAAUUCCAUACCACCUAAUAUAUACGCCAAGGCUCUCCAUUAUUUACACCCCCCUUAUUAUGUGUGCCUUUUCACUUUUUACUUAUAGUUGACUACACGUAGUAUUGAUUGUCACAUACUGCUCCAGUAGGGUCUAUUACUUGGUUCUGAAAAUGAAGGUUUAAAAAAAAUACAUAACUGUUUCUGCACUAAAAAUAAUGAUGAAAUAAUCUCUCUCAAUACCAUUCACACGUAACUCUAGAAUUAAAUGCUUACACCGCCAAAACAAUUUCUAAAUAGGGGCGCUUUAGGUUAACCCACCAAACGAGAUUUACAGCCCAGAGACGCAAGUUAGCAAAAUAUCUAUGUAAUCAAAAAUACUAUUAAACCGGUAUCUUCAGAUAACGUGAUUCUUUACCAGACAAAGAAAGAACUUAAUUAUGUAAUAUUUAUUAGGAACAAACAUAAUCACAAUGCAUUCUUAAAAAAUGCAAAGUGUUUACACAUAUGGUUGAAAAUAAAAUGGAGAAAUGAAUCCUAGUUACUUACUUUACUAGUACAGUGACUGCUGCAGGGGGCUCUGGGAAGGAAUUUGGCAGCUUACUCAAAACUGGGUGUUUGCUCUUAACAUUCCAUGGACUUCACACACUUUGCUGUUUCUAGGUUGAUUACGCCUCCCAUCUAACAUUUUGGCCAAUUUAAACACCAAUUUAUAUAAAAGAUUUUAGAACAAUUUUCAUGUACGUACACCGUGCAUAAUAAUUUUUACAUCUGUUAAUUUAUCUGUUCCAAAGACAUCUUUCAAGACCCAUGUGCAACUUAUAACAACUGAUUUCCCCAAUCUCUCAAAUGACUUGAACCACACUAGUCAUGUUUGGGCUUCUUUGUAGGGAAUACCCACAAGGUCCUGAAUAUGUAUGACAGGAGGUGGGAAUAGUAUCCCUCUGUAUUAUUAUUAUUAUUAUUAUUGUUUUUUUGUUAUAUUAUUGUUUUCUGACAAAUUGUCGAUCAGCACCAACAAGUGUAACCAUCAAGUCUUGGGAAAAGUACACAUGAAUGUCCUUUGGGUGCACAUGAAUAUUGUACUUCAAUGAGAUGAAGUGGUCUGGGUACCUAUAGUGUUCCUUUAACCAGAACUUGACAAAUUUGUUUGGAAUCUAGGAGUCAACAAAAAAGUUAGACAGAUUUUUCAAUGUCAAAAAUACAAUUCUUAAAGGAACACUGUAGUCACCAGAACCACUGCAGCUUAAUGUAGUUGUUUUCGUGUCUAUAACCUGUCCCUGCACACUUUUCAAUGUAAACCCUGCCUUUUCAGAGAAAAUCCAGUAUUUACACGUCUAGUGACAGUCACUCAGACGGCCCCUAGAGUGCAUCCUGGGGCAGUGCUGCACAGUACGCAGCACCUACGUUUAGCGUCUCCACGCUGCUCAUGGAGGCGCUGAAUGUUCUCCAUGGAGAUGCAUUGAUUCAAUGCAUCUUUAUGAGGAGAUGCUGAUUGGUGCUGCGUGGCACUUUGCCACACAUGCGCAAUAGCCUCCCAAUGCUUUUCUAUGGGAAAGCAUUUGAUUGGCUGAGAUAUUCAAGAUUGAUGAUGCAGUAAUGGAGGCAGGGCCAGCUGCGGCGAGACCAGAACAGCGUGGGGCGAAUGAAGGUGAGUAAAAAACCCUUGCCCAUGUGAUGGGAGGGGGACCGGUCACCUAAACACACACACACACUGACAUGCACACUCACUGACACACACAGUCACCCACUGACACAUAUGUCGCACGCCCAUGCUCUUUAUCGGCUUGUCCACUAGCCUCCACUAAUAGGCAGCCACCACCUCAGGGGCUGAAUGGGCCAACCAAUCCCAGGCACCAGGACAAAAAUCCUAGGCCUUUAACAAUAAUUCAGAUAAUUAAUCCCUAUUUAGUACUGUGUUUUGAGUCUUUCUUUUCAAAAACUUUUUGGGGAUUUUAUUUUUGUAAAAUAUUAUUAAAAGGUUUUAAUAUAUAUUUUUAAGACUAUUAUUGGUUAGCGAAAACAUAUGCCCUGGAGGACAGAUCCGUAGUUCCCUUUUUUAUCUGUCUGUCGUGGUUAAAAUGUUUUCUUUAUACCUAUAAAAUUGAGACCUUUAUGUGAUAAUUUGAACAAACUGCUGCAAUGCCCCAAAAUGAGACACAGGCACAUGAAAUCCAUCUUUCCAAAUUCUAUGCAUAACAACUGAAAUAAUGAAGUCUCUUAUAUGGUACUUUAAUUUCUUAAGAUCGUGAUCCGGUUAGCACCCAGGGAUACCUUGGAACGAAGGGUCUGAGUGCAGUUCCACAUUUUUUCUAUGGAUAGUGACAAAGGUAUAUAUUUGUGGUAUUAUUUUAAAUAACAAAAAUUAUGUGUGUGGUUAAAAAUAAAUUUUUUUUAAAAAAAGCAAAAAGAAAAAUUACCACAAACGUUGGCAUAAACUGGAUAAAAAAAAUAGCUGCACAAUAAGGCACAAUAUACGCCACUUGAAAUACUGGAGUAUCAGCGUUCACAAAUGACUGGCAUUUGUGGGAUAAUUGUGUUCAGAAUAUGUAUCGGAAAAGACAAACAUAACUAAUUCUAAAAAUCAUUCUACAUUGAAAUUGUAUUUUACUCCUAGUGUUUUGUCACCUGUAACUACCAAACAUAAAUUGAAAUCCUACACAAUGAUACACUGUGUAAAUCAGGGCUGUCCAAAACACGUCCUACUGUGGGAUUGGGAUUUUCUGAUGGCUGACAGUGGUUUUUAAAAAUCAAGAGGGGAGGGGGGAGAAAGCUGAAUGGGCCCAUUUUCUUUUGUCUGCUGACUAUAGUGUCCCUUAAAAAAAACAAAAAAAAAACUGGCUCCUAACUUUUUUUAGCUGGCUCCUAGAUUCCAAACAAAUGUGUCAAGCCCUGUUUUACAUUGCAGGGUUAAAGGACAUGGUCACUGCACCCAGUCCUCUUCAUUGAGAUUAAGAGGUGUGAUGACUAAAGUGUCCCUUUAUUGAACUAUGGUUUUAUUUUCAGAUUUUAAACUUCUAUCUUUCAGUUAAGGCCUAACUGAUAGCACAGAAAACCUUGUAAACCAUGUCACCACAUAUAUAAAUAUAUCUUGAUAAAGUGCAGCAGUGUAUACUGUGAAAAAUAUACACAUUUAUUUAUAAAUAUACAAUAAAGUGAUGCCAAGUGGACUCAAUUGCCACUUCCAAUUCAAAAUGCUUGUGUGAACAUAUAUCAAAAAAGGUGUCUGUGGUGCAAAAAAAUAAUGCAAAGUGUUAUCUUCGAUUUCCUUGCAUGAGAUUGAUCCUGAUGAGAUUGUCAUGUCUGUCCAAUCACAGACUUCCCAGUUCAGCUCAGUGCUCUGGGCAAGUACUUGCUUUUUGAGUUUAGGUCCACACAGCUAAACAGGACCCGCACACAUACUUAUCAAUAGCUGCCAUCACUAAGGCAAUUUAUAAAUGGGUACCUUGGUUACAUACCAAAAUCUGAUUAAAAAAAAAACAAAAUACAUGCGUUACGAAAAAAUACUAUUAAAUAGGUCUCCAUGUUUUUGAAUCCAGAUACUAGAGCCCAAAGACAGAAUUAGGUUAUUAAAGGGAUUCUAUAGUGUUAGGAAUACAAAUCUGUAUUCUUAACACUAUAAUGCCCUAUGGUCCCUGUGAGAAACUCCCCUUUCCAAGUGAGUUUGCCACGAGUUCCUGGAGGAGCCUGCUUGCCAGCCUUCUGCUCACAGGCUAUGGAACCUGUAAAAUGUGAUGUAAGAGUCUCCGUUCAUGUAUGUGGACUAUAUGGUUCGAGAACCGAACAGCCACACGAACCGGAGACCACCCUGGAGCUUGUUAAGCCGAAUUGAUACUUUGUAGCAAUUUCCACCGCAGUAUUCGUCUGGGUGGCCGCAAUUCCAAUGGACGACCACGAGGUGACGGCCAUCUUGUUCGCAUGAAACCAGGCAGCAGUGUUUGGUCGUCGAGUUCAUGGAACUAUUUUUGGACACUGAAACUCCCAAACACCGCUGGACUUCCAUGAUCGCCUGCAACAGAGGAGGGAUUAUCUGAUUUAUGUGUGGGAGUGUCCUGGAUCUGAGAGCCAAUGUAAUUGUGAAUUUGUUUCUACCGUGGUUUACUCUCAGGUCCAGGGGGUGUGCCCCUUGCAUGGGGACAUGCAAAUAAGGCCAGUUGUGGCUGCCAUUAAAGUAUUCCAGCUUUUAUUCCCUAUGUGUCAUCUGGUUACUGGGAGGGGAAAGGACUACUUUUUAAUCACUUUGAACCUGAUUCAAGUGCCGAUUUCUUUCGAUGUUUAGUCAGUGCUCCCCUUCCUCAUUCAUUAGAUUGGGUGGCCUUAUGCGUAUGUGCGGCGAGUGCCAUGAGCGCAUUAGGCCUUCCCCAAAUGAAAGCAUUGCCUCAGUGCUUUCCUAUGGGGUUUUCACUAAUGCUGCAUGUCUUCAUGCCCAAUGUUAGGACAUCCAGCAUCGAUUAACGGAGUUCAAGUCUAUUAGAAUCCAGGAAGUGUCUCUAGUGGCUGUCUGGCAGCUUCUCAAAAACUGCAAUGUUUUACAUUGCAGGACUAAGAGAGACAGGGACACUGUACCCAGACCACUUCAAUGAGAUUCAAAAAUAAACUUAGGCUAAGAAGAGUUCUUAAAAUAAAAUGGUAACAUAAAAACGAAAAACACAGAAUCAGCACUAUUGCAAAUAUCACUGAUAAUCUCACACUAGGCCUGUGGGAGCUUAUAGUUUGUAGGUCCUGUCUGAUAUCAUUCAAGUAAAAGAGAAGUUCAUAUUUUCCUGGGUUGGCAUUCUGUUACAUAUCGGAGUCUUUCUCUCCAGCAAAGCAAGCUGCCUCUGACCACAUGACAAAUUUCUGACAACUGGUUUAUUCUGGUUCCUCAUGUGGAUUCAACUCUUUGAUCCAAAGCACUUUUAUUUUUUUAUCGUUUAGGGUCCCAAAGUUUUUUGUAUUUUUGUGUUUUUUUCUUUAUGGAGUUCCGGCUGCAUGCACAGCAGGAGAGAUCUCUGUGGAGGUGUCUGUUCAUACAAACAUCAAUGCUCUGUCAUCGAAAGGGUUUCAAUUUCUGUCAGAGACAUAGACCAAAGAAUAACCAGGUUAACCCCUGCAAUGCUGCGACACUAUCAUACCCAGUGUACAUGGCAGCAUGCGUGUAUGAUGGUUGUCCGCAUUGUGCAAAAUGGAUUGUCAUGUGAUCAUGAUCAGAGGCUUGGCAUUUGCUAUAAAUGAUCGACUUUGUGGUUAUUAUUUAUUAUUUAUGCCUUUGUUUCUGUAAUGGCAUGAAAGUUGUGCAAAUGUUUUCAUUUGUAUUCUGCACUUGCACUAGUUUUUUUCUCUUUUGUUCGCACAACAAGACAUUUAAAUGCACAAUAGUUUAUAGCAGUGUGUCAUGUACUACAUAAUUCAAAUUUAAAAGUUCCCUUUAGAAUAUUUUGAAGGACCUAAUAAAAAUGUUUUUGUUUGUUUAGGGACAUUUCUUCCCGAGUUGGUUGAUCAGUUUUCCCCUCCAGAGGUGGCUCCACCCAUUCUUGCAAGAUUUCUGGAGGCUAUUGAAAAAAGAGGUAAGCUGAAUCUUGUUUAGCAUUUUGGUAGCCUUCCAAAUCUUUUGAAAAGUUUUAAGCCAAGUACUCAUAAUUAGAUUAAAUCCUAUACCAUUCCAUACUGGUUUAUGCAAAUCCAGAAUAAACUGCCGUGGAUCAUCUGCACAUUUUAAGUUGGAUCUUGGGCACAGUUAUUCCAAGAAAUCAUGUUUCCACAAUUCUCCCAGAAUUCCCACUCAAGUGCAGGCGUGCAUUGUGUUUAAGACUUCAUCUUGUCUGUCUAGUAGAGUUCAACGUUUUAAACCAAAGCAUUAGCUGUGAUCAAAAAUGACCAGUCACCAAAAGCCAACCAUGGAUUGUACAGUGUCAAUCUUUUGGGCCUUGUCACCAUGGUGGCAGUUCUGAUAUAGGAGAUCAAAUAUUUCUGCAUGCAUGUAGCUAAGUUCAAGAUAUGUUCUGGUGAAACCAAACUUUAAAAACUCUCACUCACUGGUUUGUGCAAAACAACCUAAACUUUAGUUUAAAAAGCUAUCUGUAAACCAGGGUUUCAUUACUUAGGGUCACUGCAGAAAUGCAGAAUGUGACCCUGGGAAUGUGUUUUUGGCCUACUAUAACUUAUUUAGUACUUAGAUGUUGAGAGUCUUUAUCUCAGAGACCAGAUCCAGCAGUGUUCUAAUAUGCUGAGACACAAAUUUAGGUCACAAACGGUCUCUGAUGAUUGGUUCUUUUAGAUCGCAAUACAUGCUUUGGUUUCAAUAGCCGUGUUUUAAAUCAGCAUGGUCACCUCAUCCUUCUCCAAAAGGAAUGAGGGGAAAGAGGCUCUGUUUAUGGAGGAUUCCGCAAUUUCGCAGGACCUUCCAUAGACCUUAGUGUUGUUCUCUCAUGGGCUCCUGACAAAGCAGCAGGAGCUUAAGAGGAUCGUCAGGGAAAAAAAAUGACGGGGGCAACAAGACAAGGGAUAGGUUCAUUUAAGUACUAUUCACAUUUCCCUACACCCUGCGACAACAGAACCACCAGUAAGUCACCAAGCUUGACAAAGGCCCUGUUGUGGAUCGAAGCGUUACUUUUCAUCUACUCCAAUAAACCUUCUCACUGGAUUUACCUUGAGUGCCUGGAUCAUCAUUUUAUUUUCUGCAAUCUACUUGUCCUGAUACAAAAUCAUUUUAUUUACAAAGAUGGAUAUCCCUUCCAUGAGCUCUGGACAUUGACCAAGCUAAUUGCUUCGCUCUGAAUUUUCACAAAAUCAAUCUGAAUGGAAAACCUGCGGCAAAAAUUGCUGAUCUGGAAAAAUUCUCUAACUCCGCUAUAGUCGCAUCAUUGCUAUUUUUGCCUCACUUUAAAUUUAUUUUACAAAAAAAUCAGAGUUUUGUUUCUUCAGAGCGGAGUGUCUCAUGCAUUGGAAUGCCUGGAGCUGCUUGCCCUGGUGAUGGGCGAUAUGAAUUACACACCCCAGUACCUGUGUUAAUGUGCAUGUUGAGCUAGGAAUUCUGAAUGAAUUAUAACAUUACAACAUGUUAACUAUCUAAGACCGCCGUAUUCCAAGGUCCUACUUAAGAAAUGUGAUGCAGUAAAUUUCGAAUUUGCCAGGUUUUAAUACAAGUUUUAAUUCAAAUCAGGUAACUGGACUUUUGGAAUCCAAAUCCCAUUAGAGUAUGUUGGGACAUUUUUAAAGGCAUGUUGAAUGCAGCACAUUGCAUAAUGAAGUGGUUUGAGCUUAGGGCAUAAAGUGGCUCUACACUUUUCCUUUAUUUUUCUGUUACUAUGUGAGUAAAUAUUCUGAUCCUCUUUCCUUUCUAGGAAUUGACAGUGAAAUGCUAUAUAGGACCUCUGGGAUUGUGUUGGGAAGUACACUGAAAACCGGUAAGAAUCCAGUUGUCGUUAGGGGAGAACACUUCAUGCCCAUCCAGAUGGAAGCUGUAUUGUGCUGCAUGUGCAGUGCAGCCAUAUAAAUAGCAUUUACUAUAACGAAUAUUUGCUAGCAUCAUAUUAUAGUUUGAGAUAAUACACAAUUUAAUUUAAAUAGUUACUAUUUUUUUUUUUUUUAAAUAAAUUAAUCCUGUGUUACUUCCCUGAAUGUCAAAAUGCGGGAGAUAUUUCUUCCUAGUAGUUUAGCUCCAAGGAAUUCCACUUUCAACAGAGUCUGAGCGGCUGCUGAAAUUUAUAGUUUGCAAAUUCUGCUGCAUUCAGAAACCAAGAGACAGCCUUACUUUAAAUGUUACAAGGUACACCUAGGAUUCUCAAGCAACUCCCCUUCCUCUCCUGAGUUUGCUGUGGAUCAUCUCAUCUGCUAUGUAUCUGUGUUAUCUGUUCAAUGUGUUUAACACCAUAUUUAUAUUGGUUCUAUUUUGAGCUUUGAUAUAGAAUAUUUUGCCAUAUUAUUUAUGUCGUAAGGCGUCUGUCUGCUCCAUCUCAGUUCCAUGGACCAUAAAUUGUUAUAUGCAUACACCCUACCGAGUCCACACAACAAGAUUUUAAAAAACGUCUCACUUGUCAGUAUCAUUAUUUAGGUUAUGUGGUUGGAGACCGUUAUCAGAGGUCAGCCCUACAGCUUUGCUUAGUGCUUGAGACAGUGUCCAGAACAUAUAAAUUGCCAACACUUCCAAGAUAAAAGAUUCUACUUUUUUAUUCAUGAAUAAAAUUAUUCCAUGGCAUGGAUAUCCACAUCGGUAACAAACAAAAAAAAAAGUGAAAAUACAAUUUUUUUUAAAAAUCACACAGACAUCACCCUAGGCAAGAUUCCCACGCAUUAGGCAUUUUGUGCUACACUGGCACUCAUUUAUAAGCACAGGUCCUGGAUUAAAUGGGAGUUAAAGGUCCUCCAAAAUUAAACCUUAAUUAAUCAGUGUAUGGUAAUACUCGUAACAGAACAAAAUACUUGCGGUAAACGAAGCAUCCAGGGAAAUGCGAAGAAUAACAUAUUAACUCGCCAUUACCUAAAAUAUAUGCUUAGUGCAAAUGAAGUUAGGUGAAGAAAUUAACUGCUAUGAGGGGCAAGGACUGGAAAAAGAGAGUGGGUGUUUGAAGCAGGCAUUUGUUUGCCAAUCAAAUUGUAUCACCCAAGAUAUUAAAGGGACACUAUAGUCACCUGAACAACUUUAGCUUAAUGAAGCAGUUUUGGUGUAUAGAACAUGCCCCUGCAGCCUCACUGCUCAAUCCUCUGCCAUUUAGGAGUUAAAUCCCUUUGUUUAUGAAACCUAGUUACACCUUCCUGCAUGUGACUUGCACAGCCUUCCAUAAACAUUUCCUGUAAAGAGAUCCCUAUUUAGGCUUUCUUUAUUUCAAGUUCUGUUUAAUUAAGAUUUUCUUAUACAAAAAGAAUUUUUGUACAAGCACUCUUUUAUCCCUAUUGGUGCAAAGUAUCGAGGUGGCCAAAAGUACCUCAGAAAAAUACAAAAUACAAAAAUGAUACUGCACUCAUAAAUAGAGGAAAAUUCAUAGUUAAAUUUAAUAAAUCAAUGGUGAAUUCAUUAUCUUGUAAUUCAUUAGUGAGGUUAUAUAUUGGAAUUUGAAAAAUUGAUACUGUAUACACAUUGAUGAAGAGUUCUGAAAAAUUGAUAGUAUAUGCACAUGAAUUUGAUAAUAUAUGUACAAAAACAGUCAAUAUUUGAUAGAUCCCCUAUUGUGACCUCAUGUUUAUAACAGGAAUCUGCUGUCAAAAAUGGCUAUAAUCAAAUGUUCAAAAAUUGUUAUCCUUAAGGUAAAUGGGAUAAGUAGGAGCCAAAGGGAGGCAAGAAACUUAAAAAUUUUGAGAAGAUAUGGUGUAUUAUAGUCCAGAGUUUCUUGCAAAAAAGAGUCCAAACAAAAGAAAAAGAAAAAAAUAAGGAAAAAAUAUGGAAAAAAUAUAUAUAAACAGUCCCAGUGUGUACACACAAUGGUAUAUGGAAAGAUCUCACCGGUGGAAAAUAGAGGUUCUGUAGUCCAAUCUCUUUCAAUGUGGCAAUGGCACUUCUGUAUUUUAAAGAGACCUUUGUGUCUUUCUUCCUUCCUCCUUUAUCCGUGGUGAAUAUAGUGUGUCUCCUUACUUGCUCCUACUUGUUCCCGGGGUGUCAGGAUACAUCCAUAGAUUUCUUGCCAAAAAUAUCUUCUAUAUGUGCUGGUGCAGAGGCUCCUGUGCAGGAUAUGGGCAUAUCCUGCACAGGAGCCUCUGCACCAGCACAUACUACAGAACCUCUAUUUUCCACCGGUGAGAUCUUUCCAUAUACCAUUGUGUGUACACACUGGGACUGUUUAUAUAUAUUUUUUCCAUAUUUUUUCCUUAUUUUUUUCUUUUUUCCUUUUUUUCUUUUUCUUUUGUUUGGACUCUUUUUUGCAAGAAACUCUGGACUAUAAUACACCAUAUCUUCUCAAAAUUUUUAAGUUUCUUGCCUCCCUUUGGCUCCUACUUAUCCCAUUUACCUUAAGGAUAACAAUUUUUGAACAUUUGAUUAUAGCCAUUUUUGACAGCAGAUUCCUGUUAUAAACAUGAGGUCACAAUAGGGGAUCUAUCAAAUAUUGACUGUUUUUGUACAUAUAUUAUCAAAUUCAUGUGCAUAUACUAUCAAUUUUUCAGAACUCUUCAUCAAUGUGUAUACAGUAUCAAUUUUUCAAAUUCCAAUAUAUAACCUCACUAAUGAAUUACAAGAUAAUGAAUUCACCAUUGAUUUAUUAAAUUUAACUAUGAAUUUUCCUCUAUUUAUGAGUGCAGUAUCAUUUUUGUAUUUAAGAUUUUCUUAUCCCCUGCUAUGUUAAUAGCUUACUAGACCCUGCAAGAGCCUCCUGUAUGUGAUUAAAGUUCAAUUUAGAGGUUGAGAUACAAUUAUUUAAGGUAAAUUACAUCUGGUUGAAAGUGAAACCAGUUUUUUUUUCAUGCAGGCUCUGUCAAUCAUAGCCAGGGGAGGUGUGGCUAGGGCUGCAUAAACAGAAACAAAGUGAUUUAACUCCUAAAUGACAGUGAAUUGAGCAGUGAAUUUAGGUGACUAUAAUGUUCCUUUAAUAGUUCUAAGUACGUGAAAUAUUGGUGAAACACAUUCGCUGAAAAUAAUAAUGAAAAACUACAAGUACAGAAAGUUACAGUGGUAAACUACAGGUAAACACUUUAAUAUUGCUACAGUAACAAAUAAUAACAUGGUGACAAAAGGUAAAAUAAAUUGUCAAUACAUUUUCUGGGAAAGUUGGAGAUGAAGUUUCACUAAAUACAAUGUAUCACACUGAAAUAUAUUUUUAGUUGUAGUAGGUAAAUUCUAGACUUGGGUAUUAAUUUCAGGCUAAACUGCAAUUCAAUUUAAAAAUUUCAAUUUCAGAAUUUUGAUUUCAGAGGUGCCACAUGGAAUAUUCUCCGGGAAACUGAUUCACACAGGCUUGAACGUGCUUAAUUCAGUUCUUGGUUUGCUGUUCGUGGCACCCCAAAAAAGCUUCGGAAGACCUCUUGGCCAUCAUGACAAUUAUGUGGGCUGUAUGUCGUGUCCAAUCAAGAGCAGCAAAAAUAAAUAAAUAUAUGAUUAAUAGUUAUGGGACAGCCACUAAAUGUUUAUUUUAUUAAAACAUCUGAUCAUUAGAGGGAAAUAAAACAAGGAACAGUAAAACAAUAUAUGAUUCCAAGCAGGAUUUUUCAAGGUGUUUUGACUGCAUCUGCCGAGGGAGACAGACCAGCAGUGAUACUGUAUACCCUUGCUGUGCCUGUGUGGUAAAUGGGAGAUAGCCUGGUUCAUUGAUUCUAGUGCGAGAAUAGGUUAAGUUUGGUCUUUGAACAAAAUAUAUAUUUUCUAUUAUCUCUCAUUUCACAUCCCUCAUCAGCAUCUACUGUCGCAAUCUCAAAUGCCUCUACAAAACCAUACGUUACUUACUCUGCCCAUUGCUAUCCCUUCUGACACCAAUCUCACAGCCAAAGACUUUGCAUAUUAGGAAUAACAUCUCUGAUCCUGCUUUUCUCUUCAAUUUCUUCAACUCUAAAUUCCUUCCCCCGAUUAAUGAAUAGGAGGUUUCUGUACUUCUAUCUUCUCGCCCGACCUUGUGUGCCCUUGAUUCAAUUCCUUCUCACUUCUUCUAAUCUCUCUUUGCUUGUUUUGCUCCUUGCCUAACUGGUAUCUUCAGUCUCUCUUUAGCUUCAGGAAUCUUACCCACUUUGCUAAAACAAAUCCCACCAGACUCACGCAGGGAGCAUUUCCUGAAACACAUGCUUUUUUAUUAAAAGUGUACUGAAACACGUCUGUUGUGUUUGAGGACCUGAUGCAAAUUUUUCAUUGUAGAUCUUUCUGGACUCGACUUGAAGGCGUUAGAUAUUCAUUCCAUUGCAGACGCUGUGAAGAUAUUCUUACAAGAAAUUCCAAGCCCUGUUAUUCCACAUCAUGUCCACCAAGAGAUAAUCCAGACUCUUCAAGGUUUGCAAAUAUAUUGUGACGUUUUCCCAACUGAAAAAGUUUUGUAAAAUAUUGUAGUUGCCGCAAAUAUCCUAUAGCAGAGGUAGGUAACCUUCAGCAUGUUGUGGAUUAAAUCUCCUCUAAUGCUUUGCCAGCACUUUGGCUGUUAUGGAGAUGUAGUCCACAACCCCUAGAAUGCCAACGGUUGAUUACACCUGUUUAGCCACAUAUUUCCUUACUGCUGUAAAAACAACGUAUAGGUUGCUGGACUACAGACUUGUAUUAAAUAUCAUACUGUAAAUUCUGGUUGUUUGGGAAACCUCAAAGUGUCUACUUUAAUUAGUCAAGUAAUUUGAACAUCUCUUUAUCAUUGUCGUUUUAGUCACAUUUCUUCUAAUUUCAGAAGCAUUUAAGGAUGGACCAAAGAGAGAACGGAUUUUGCGGAUUAUCCAGCCACCUGCUGUUCCGCUGCAAAAUGCCCUUACCUUCGAGUACAUUCUCAGGCAUAUUGUUAAGGUUUGCAACAAAGGUAACCGCAAUGGGCUCACUCUGAAGACCGCGGCGGAGAUAUUUGGACCACUGUUGCUUCGACCAGUUAUCUCAGGGUGAGGGUUUUCGUCCGCCUGCUCCUUUUAUUGUAUUGUGCUAUUUGCACACAAAAUACUUACAAGGUUAUUCACUAAAAGGUGAAUAGCUUCAAAAUCAAAGUGAAUUUCAACUUUAAGGAAAAUAAAAACUGAAUUAGAAAAAAUCUCAGCUAUGCUUCCAUUGCAGUGAAUAACCUUGGUGUAAUCGUUAUAUAUUUAUUGUAAAUAAUGUUCAUUCACUUUGCAAAGUAAAAUACAAAAUUAUCAAGUCGUUUGAUAUAACAAAGAAGCAAGGUUGUAACAAGAAUUUACUCUCAGAUAAAUAAAGUCUCAGUACAGCAAUUAACCCCUUAAUGCCGUUACGUCGUUCUAUGCCAAGAUAAUGCAUCUUGGACGUAAAAACCCAAGGGCAGAGUACAGGAUAUUUAAUAGAGUCCUAACCUCAACAUAUGAGGAAAGGGAUUUAGGGGUGAUUAUUUCUGAUGACUUAAAGGUAGGCAGACAAUGUAAUAGAGCAGCAGGAAAUGCUAGCAGAAUGCUUGGCUGUAUAGGGAGAGGUAUUAGCAGUAGAAAGAGGCUAGUGCUCAUGCCAUUAUACAGAACACUGGUGAGACCUCACUUGGAGUAUUGUACACAGUACUUGCAGCCCUCCCAUGCCAAAUCAAAGAGCGAUCACAUGGCCCCCUAUAGCUGGCUGUGGAUCUGCCAGCAGGGGGACUGUCUGGAGUGUCAUACAGUCCCCCUGCUGGUGGGGAGUAGUAAAAUUUUUUUAAUUAAACCCGUUAAAAUAAAAGUGUGUGUGUGUGUGUGUGUGUGUAUAUAUAUAUAUAUAUAUAUAUAUAUAUGUGUAUAUAUAUGUAUAUGUAUAUAUAUAAAGGCCAUUAGGCCUGAAUUUGUGGGAGGAGUAAGUCCCCUACUUAAACUCCCAGCCCCUACUCACCUCUGCCGUUCAGCUGAUUGUCUAUCCCCAUAGCAACCAGCACUUCCGGUCCGAGCUUCCCGCCAGAACAGCUUCAGUCUCCUGCAGCAAGAGGUCCUGAGCAAUCCUCCGUCCGUUCUGAGGCCCCAGCGCAGUUUUCCUCCCGGUCGCGGUACCUGGCUUCCGGUCACGAGACCGGCACGCUCACGUAAGCUAAGUGAGGGAAAUAGCGUUCGGCUCUUUCCCUCCGUUCGGGCCUAAAAACGUAGGGAUAGGCUCCCUCUAUCUUCUUUAAACAUAUCCAUGCUCGCUUAACGUAUUCAGCGUUCGCGCCAAAACGGACGAACGCCCGUUACACUUACGCAUCGUUCACGUAUUCAUACGGAAAAACUGCCGAACUAUGUAUAAGUAUAAACGCUCAUAUUAAUCAUUGUAUUUCUGUGUUACUGUUCGGUCAUACGCACGAACCUCGUACUUACCCGUUCGUGCAUCCUUAACGUUAGAUGAUAAUCCUAUUCACCCCUCGCUAUUUUCUCAUUCAGUACUGAUCUAUUCGUACGGUUUAAACGAACGCACGGUACAAAUCCCUAUUACGGUUAAUUCUUUUAAACCAUGCUAAGUAAAUUUAUGAAUUUCAUUUACACGAAUUUUAAAUGUAAACGCAUAUUCCCUGUUCGGUCCGUUAACUGCUGAUACCUACAUGUCAGUAUUGGUUAUUCAAUCCGGUCUAACUACCAGUCUUUUUCUUAAACUGUGUUGGCCGGUUUGAUAUAUCUAAAACAUUUAAAAUCUCAACAAUUAUUUAUAAGAUACGGUUCCUUUUUCCUUCACCUAAUUAAAUAGUAACCACGUUUUAAUAUUCAUCUUAUUAAUUCUUAUAGACUACUCAUGUUACCAAUAUAAAGAACAGGUUUUUCUAACUAUACACCAACCCUAUUCAAACCCUACAUACAGAUAUUAAUUAAACAUGAUCUUCUAGGGUAAUUGCGUUAAAUCCACAUCUGUACUACAUCUUCUCCUUAGAAUCACGCAGUCAUUUAUUCUUGCCUCUGUCACAUGUCUUUGGCUUUACAGAUUGCAUCGGUUUCUUGCAUUCCUGCUCAAAAGUUGCUAUUUCAAGUUCUUUUUAUUACAGGAACAGGUAUAAUAUUUUUCUCACUUUAGUUUCAUCCAGGUCUAGGCCUCAAAUACAAUUAAGCUAUCUAGACUUGUCACAGCAAGACAUGUUGGUAUUUAUUACAUACUGUCACAUCUGUCGUUAACUAUUUAAUAUUCAUUGGUUAAUCCUUAGCUCCAGUAGUAUUCUAGGCCUCCACCGGUUUCUACACAUUAAACCAGUUACGCUCAUCACAAGUUUCGUACUUCAUUCAAGGUAUAAUUCCCCGCUCUUUCAAGACCUUUCUAUACAAGACCUUACGCAGUCUUGGUCUCACUACGAUUGACUCACGGUCUUACGCCCACGGUAUGUUAAUUCUUUACAGUUUCUCUACCCAGGCCUACGGUCAUACUGCCAUCAGGCCAAGGAAAACAUCCAACCUACCUGAUCCGGUACCCAGGCAUACCAUCAGCCUUCUCUUUAACGCAAACUCGUCCCAAUCCUAUACUAAACCUUUCAGAACCCUCAAUUCAGGAUCUCACGUUGCGCUCCUAACAGUCAACCCUCACUACAAACCAUACGUCACCACGAUACGCAUAAAUACAUCAACAUCUGUUUUAAUCCUCAGGCUUCUUCUUUAAGAACAGCAGCAGACUAGACUUGCCACAUUAAAAAAUACUAGAAGGUUCCAGUUAUCAUUUACAACCUUUCCACACAUUACACCAGAAUUUCCCAGUCAACCUUAAGUAUACAAUUGAACUGGCUACUGGGUCUAGGGUACCGCCUUUGCUCACCCUAUUAGGAAAUCCGGUCCCACAAGGCCAUCUCCCACCUCAACACGGAGGUACGGCCCCACGCCCAAAUCAUAGUUAUACGCCUCGCCGCCCUACUACAGGGCUUUAGUCAGGGCCUCACCUGUCACGGCCACACGUUUUGAAUUCUCUUUACGGUCACCGAGAGGCCAACACCCUGCCACCACGUCUGUGGCCUCAAUUUCCUAAGCCAAAUCAUAGGUAGAGCCUCUCACCGCCACUUGGCAUUAGCAGGACCUCACCUACCAAAAAUCCCACAGAUAAGUUUUUCGCAUCGGCACUAGCAUUACAGUCCAGUUCUUCCAAUAAAUACCAGCCCUCAUAUCCCCCCACGUUUCCUUACUCCCCUUCUAAUAUCUCAUUCACAAAAUCAUUUCUUUUAGAAUGUCCCAAGAACCAAUCCCCAUCGAAGAACUGCCAGAAGAGAUACCGUUUACGCCAACCAGACCAGAGUCUCCAGGCGAAUCUCUCACCCUUUCAACUCCCACGUCCUUGAGAGCAUGGACUAUUCCUAAAAUUACGGCCGAGCUUAGGCUCAGGGGAAUCCCCUUUCCAGCCAUAGAUAGAAAGGCAGAACUUUACAGGCUGCUUACCUACCAAGCCCCUGAGCCUAGGCCAAGCACUAGCUCUCAAGGACAGCCACCAAGCACUGGCACGGCCACCCAGGAUACCCUGGCAGCAAUCUUGGCCAACCUACAGACCCUUAAUAGCAGGCUAUCUAAGGUGGAGAGCACCAUCGCCUCCCCAGGUAAUACCCCGGGCCUCCCAGUCUCCACCCCGGCUGUCCCCGCUGUACCAGCAUGCCCCCCAUACUCCCCUCGCCAACACCAGUCACAGCUAUAGCUCCUUUUGAGUCACCAGCUCACUCCGUCCCACACUCUAUCAGGAAAGAAAUCCUAGACGAGAAGGACGUUUGUCUGGUGUCUCUGCUUAUAGCUUCACAGGACAUACUGGAGAACAAGGCUUACAAUUACAGGGAUAUAUCAGUAGUGCUUAAGACAAGAGAUCCCAGGCAUAAUAAUAAAAAACUCAAUUCCCCAGUUCGUGAUAGCUUUCGGGAUAUACCGUGAUGUCAUCUGCAUGGUGUAUCCCCACACAAGAGAGGAGUUAGACCUCUACCUUCACAAGGUGGUGGAUCUAGGCAUCAAGUACGGGGGCUCUUCUUUCUACAACUAUCAUAAGCGAAGGCGGCGACCCAUCUGAAACAGUUCAACGUUAGAAUUAACUGGUGUCAGAUGGAUACAGAACUAUUCUGUCGCCACUUCUCUGGUCUCAUGCCCCCGUCUUGUUCCAUAUGUAAUUCCACAUCCCACAUGGCAGACUUAUGUCCCUCUGAAGCAGAUCCCACCCCUCAUACCUCUUUCACCCCUCACAACAAACCAACGGGUGGUCUACGUGACAAGCUGGGUAGGCCCAUCUCCUUUUUAGGCAAGGCGCAGGUGUGCAAUAAUUUCAACGCAGGCUCCUGCAGUUUCAGCGCAUGUAGAUUAUUGCACAUCUGCUCCAUUUGCUUCAGGGCACAUACCAAGACCAUGUGUCCGGCCAGGUUGUCCCCUAACAAAUGACUAACCAACAUUAAUGUCGACAACCUGGCUUUUUACUUAAGGUCACACCCUAGCAGGCACCUGGUGGAAUAUCUGACCACAGGGUUCACACAGGGGUUUCUCACGGGUAUAGUAGCCAUCCCCCUCAGGUACACUUGAAUGUCCUUAUCUCCUGUCAGCACGUCUAGACCCAGUCUCCACAGACACUCUCCUUUCCUCUGAAAUUACCAAUGGUUUCAUGAUCGGGCCUUUUUCCUCCUGGCGCACUAACCCAAUCCGCGUUGCAGUUCACAAAUAUUCAAAUAAAAAACGUCUAAUUAUCGAUUUAUCGGCACCGCACUCCUCUUUUUUGUUCCCAGCAUAAACGCACUCAUUCCAGCAGACGAAUUCUCACUCCAGUACGUAACUAUUGACGACGCUAUACAGGCCAUCAUCUCUUCUGGUAAUCGCCCAUGGCUCAGCAAAACAGACAUCACAAACGCGUUUAAGUUACUACCCAUGCACCCCUCACUCUGGCACUUGCACGGUGUUAAAUGGCGAGGAAAGUACUACUUCUCCACACGACUCACUUUCGGUUCUCGAAGCACAUCCUCAGGUGUCACUCCGUUAUUCACUACCUAGACGACUUCCUAUUGAUAGAGCCAGGGGCACAAACACCCACCGCUAUCAGCCGCACUACAGCACUUUUUUCCACACUUGGAGUACCUUUGUCCCAAUCUAAAACAAUUGGUCCCACAACUAAAUUAACCUUUUUGGGGAUAGAGCUAGAUUCCGUUACCCUCAGAGCUAGCCUUCCCCAUGACAAACUGACCCGCUUGAAAGGAGAGAUAGACAUGUUCCUGUGGAAUGAUGUUUGCACCAGGAAGGAACUCCAGUCCCUUCUGGGAUCCCUGAACUAAGCCAUGUGCAUCAUCCCGCAGGGAAGGUCUUUUAUAUCCAGGCUUCUUUGCCUUUUCCACGGGGUACCGGACUCUUGCCCAGUUUCAUUGGACCCCCACGCCAAGGCUGACUUAGCUAUGUGGGGGAAGUUUUUGGCAGAGUGGAACGGUAUCUCCAUGUUUAUCCCCCCUCUCUCCACUUCCUCAUUCCCCAUUAUUCACACAGAUGCUGCAGCAAACACUGGUUUCGAAGCCAUCUUUGGGAACCACUGGUUUAGGGGUCACUGGCCCGCUGAGACAGAUGCCUUGCCAGGAUUCAGGGAGACCUCAGCCCUAUUUGAAAUCUAUCCCAUUGUGGCGGCCGCACACACCUGGGGUCAUCUCUGGUCCGGCAAGGCAGUAAAAUGCUACUCUUACAACUCGGCAGCUUGCAAAAUCAUUAACAAGGGGCGCUCAUCAUCCCUGACCAUCAUGCGGCUGAUUUGCAAGCUGACCUGGCUAGCAGCAACCGGUCAGUUUCACUUAGUUUGUUUUCACAUUCCCGGGUAUCCUCAACACUGCAGCUGACGCUCUUUCUCGCUCUCAAUUCCAGGUAUUCUCUCAGGCACUCCUUACGGCUCACCACCAGCCAUCCAGGACACCACAGUUUCACGAACUAAUCCUGGAUUGAGCACACUGAUGCAUCACGCUAGGACUCUCACUCACCAAGCACAAUCACCUAACACAGCUAUCUCUUAUAAUAGGGCACUUACCAUAUUUAACAAAUUCACUGCAGAAUUCGGUUUACAAGGCGACCUUUCUAUACAAACCAUUGUGGCUUUUGCCUCUUUCUGCCACUUACAUCUUAAACUUUCCCACAACACCAUAAAACUUUACCUCACCGGGGUGCAGCACCAUAGCCUCACAAAUUUUCCUAACAACACCCCCUUCUUGUCAUCAUAUCCCAUUAAAAAGGUAUUGAAAGGUAUGUUAAAGGUUUCAGCUCCUCUCACUAUCACAAGACUACCUACAGAUGGGCCUAUCUUCAGAUCACUUAGCAAUCUCCUUGACGAAUCCCCUUUUGAUCCCGACACAAACCUGGUGAUCAAAGCGGCUAUCUAUCUUGCUUUCUACGGUUUUCUCAGACCUAGAGAGUUCACCGUUGUUCGUCAAGGGGAUAUCACGCACAGCCUAAAAACAUUGCACCUCGCAAAGGUGGAGGAUCACUAUCUACUUUCUAUCCCGUCAACUAAAACCAACCAUUCACUACACCCCACUGUAAUUCCUCUCUUCCCUACUGAUAAUGCCUGGUGUCCGGUCAGACCACCUACAGUCAACCCUUCACGCGCACUUACCAGACUCUCCACUCUUAUCAAUACAAGGGCACCCGCCUACCACUGCUAAAUUCACGUCUCACGUCAGAACACUAUUAUCUAAACUGGAUUUCAAUCAGACUUCAUUCUCCGGGCACUCCUUUCGCAUAGGAGCCGCCUCUUCAGCCUCCAGCACUAAUACACCAGUCCACAUCAUCAAGAGACUGGGGCGAUGGAAAUCCUCCAUAUACCAUACUUAUAUUCCACGACCAGAAAAAGAGCUUCGUCACGUUUUCAGGAACUUGGUUAUGUAAAAAGGCAAUAAAGUGUGUAUUUUCUCGAACUUCUCUUUUGCCCUCUUUUAUUUACAGGCCCACUCGUACGUUGUUUUCGGCACACCACAACCAACUUUGUCCUUACAGAUACUAUCCAUUACGUAUUAAAUUCCGAGCACAAGUAGAAAGGUCAUUAGGCCUGAAUUUGUGGGAGGAGUAAGUCCCCUACUUAAACUCCCAGCUCCUACUCACCUCUGCCAUUCAGCUGAUUGUCCCCACCCACCUACACCCUGUUAUAAUAAAAUUUUCCUUGGUGGGCCCUCUUUUAUUUACAGGCCCACUCGUACGUUGGUUUCUGCACACCACAACCAACUUUGUCCUUACAGAUACUAUCCAUUACGUAUUAAAUUCCGAGCACAAAUAUAUAUAUAUAUAUAUAUAUAUAUAUAUACACACAUACACAUCUUAAAUAUAUGUAACGUCAUAAGUAGUGUAUUUUAAUAUUAGUACAUAUAUUAGUAUUAAAAUACACUUAGAAUGACGUUACAUAUAUAUGAUAUUUAUAUUAUAUAUAUAUAUAUAUAUAUAUAUAUAUAUAUAUAUAUAAUACAUCUAUAUAUAUUUUAUAUUUAUAUAUAUAUAUAUAUAUACGUAUAAUUACAAUAGUAAAUGAAUAAAAUAAUAAAAUAUAAAAUAGUUGUUUUUUUUAAAUUAAAUUAUAUAUACAUAUGUAAUCUCAUUCUAACUGUAUUUUGUUAUUAAUACAUAUGUAUUGGUAACAAAAUAUACUUAGAAUUACAUUCUAUAUAUAUAUAUAUAUCUAUAUAUAAAAUACAAAUAACUGCAAAUAUUUAUAUAUAGAUAAAUAUAUAUAAUUACAUAAAUAACUACAUAAGUAUACAUGUAGAAUUUAAAUACAUAUAUGUGUGUGUGUGUGUGUGUGUGUGUAUAUAUAUAUAUAUAUAUAUAUAUAUAUAUAUAUAUAUAAAUUCUACCUGUAUGCUUAAGUAAUAUUUUAACAUAAUUAUGUGAUUUAAUUAAUUAAAAUUUGAUUGACGUGCCUGACAACCCAGGCAGCAAGUGCAGAGAAUUAAAUUUGCACGCGCUAUAUUUAACCCUGUAACUUUCCAAGACACCAUGAAACCUGCACAUGGGGGGGUACUGUUUUACUCUGGAGACUUCGCUGAACACAAAUAUUAGUGUUUUAAAAUGAUAAAUUGCAUUACAACAAUGAUAUAUUUAGUAAAAGUGAAGUUGUUUGCAUUUUUCACACACGAACGGCACUUUUACUGACGAUAUUAUUGUUGUAAUAUGUUUUACUGUUUUGAAACACUUAUGUUUGUGUUCAGUGAAGUCUCCCAAGUAAAACAGUACCCCCCAUGUACAGGUUUUAUGGUGUUUUGGAAAGUUAGAUAGUCAAAUAUAAGGCCUGCCUUUCAUUUUUUUUCACAUUGAAAUUUGCCAGAUUGGUUACGUUGCAUUUGAGAACGUAUGGUAGCCCAGGAAUGAGAAUUACCCCCAUGAUGGCAUACCAUUUGAAAAAGUAGACAACCCAAGGUAUUGCAAAUGGGGUACGUCCAGUCAUUUUUAGUAGCCACUUAAUCACAAACACUGGCCAAAUAUUUUUUUUUUUUUUUUUGCUUUUUUCACACAAAAACAAAUAUGAACGCUAACUUUGGCCAGUGUUUGUGACUAAGUGGCUACUAUAAAAGACUGGACAUACCCCACUUGCAAAUAAAAAAAAAAAUCUUAAUUUCUCACAGUUUUUUUAAUUGUAUUCAUAAUAAAUUAUGUUUCAAAUAGGAGUGGUUCAUGAAAAAUGAAAGAUCAGUUUCUCCUGAACAAAAUGAUAUUUAAUAAGUGUGGGUGCACUUAAUAUGAAUGAGGUGAAUUAUGGCUGAACAGACAUAGAGCGCAAAUACCAGUUUUUGUUUACAUUUUAUUUUGAUCAGAACGUGUACUACUGACUCCGUCCUGAAGGGGUUAAGAUUAAACUAUGCGGUCAUUUUUUUUGUAAAUAUAGAUCCCGAAACCGAUAUAAAAUAGAAAUUGUUUAGAUUGUACACACAAAAUAAUAAAAGUGUAUUUGUAUGUACAUGCAACGUGUAUGUGUGAGGAGGUUCAGCGUGUGUACAUGCAAGGAUGUAAGUUUGGGCUACGUAUCUUGUAUAUAAUGUAAAUGUAUACAGUUGGGUGGACCACUGUUUCUCUGUAGUGUGAGCAUGGUGUCUGUGUGAAUGCAUGUUGUGUAUGUGAAGUCUAGAGAGGCCCCUUUACAUACAUAUUUUUAUUUUGAAAUAAUUGCCUUAACUAGGUGUCCAUUUGGCCCCCAGCAUGGCAGGGGUCAUCCUGUCAAUUUGCGCUUUGUAGGGCUGGAGCAAUGCAAAAAUCACAGCUUUUGCAUGCCCUAACUCCCUUAGACUUUGGUGUGGACCUGGAUGUACGUGCUGCAAACAAGAAAAUUUAGGUUUUAGCACUCACAAUCUCACACAUACAUACAAUGCAGGUGCCAAAAUCUUUUUGUCGGUGACAGGGCUAACGAAGAAAAAACUGCCUGCCCAGCAUCUAGAUCUCUCUGGCAAGAAGCAUUGCCUCUGGAUCCAUAUGAGAAAGGUUAUCCGAGACCUUCUGCAAAAAGCAAAGUGCACUUGAAGGCAUUCCCACCAUUUGCAGAUCAUAUUGUCAUUUCUACAUUGCCAGCAUGCCUCAAGAAUUUAAUAUGAAAGAAGUUAAACAUAUUUCACUCCCUUUUCUGAAUGAAAUGCUAGUGAUAGGCUGAGAGCCUAUCAGCAGCACCUGGUUAGAGCCAUCGUUUUGAAAUCUUUGACAUUCAGAGGAAACGGAGAGGCACAACAAUCGGGUACAGUCUUCCAUAGUUUGGGCUUUGAAACCGUUCAUUAAUGGUUUAACCUCUUAUGGCAAGACUGUGAUUGGGUCCCCCUAUACCAUAGCAUCCUUAUUGCAAUGGUAACCAGAGUGUUCCUUUGAGAUUAAGAGUUUUAUUUAGGGGGGUGGGACUAGCACGCAGACCAAGCCAGACGCCAUUUCCUGGAGCACCGCUUGAUAUAUUAAAAACUGGGAGUCAUCCAACUUCCAAACUGCCAAAAUCGGACUCUGCUGCCCAAGCUGCAUCUAUUGAUGCCCUUUGUACAGCUGCAGAAGCAGCCUAAGCGGCGACGGAAAAUCAUGGCCUACCACCCGCUAUGGAUCCCCAGCCUCGAGUCAUUCCUCUGCGGGGACCUUGCAGCAGGGCCGAGGAGGAUCUCACCCCACACGUCACCCGACACAUUGACAAUGGGCCGCAAAUCGCAGAGACCCACCACCGAGCCUGACACCAGGGACAUUGGGGCGGUGAUGCAGAAGCCCAGACAAACCCUGGCCGGGGACCGACGGGAAGCCGAACCUGAACCGGACCACCGGGAGACAGAGGUACCCUCACGGCCCCCGACAGUACUCACCGCGCCAACGGACCCUUCUGACGACUCAGCCCCAACGACCAGGGGAAACCUGAAGGCUCUCUUGGCUGACAUCCAUAAGCUCCUGGCGGCGGAUUCGGUCAUAUUCAAAACACGGUUACAGGCCGUAAUGGAGAGAGUUAGAGCCACAGAGGAGGGUAUGGUGGAAACUCAGUCUACCAUGCAGGCCAUGCAGGACUCUAUCCACCAAAUGCAAACACACCAAAGCAUCCUGACCGCAAAACUCACAAAUAUGGAGGAUAGACAACGCUGCGCAAACAUCAAAAUCAGGGGCAUACUACCCCACUACGUCCCACGCCUCCUGACAACCAUACUACACCCCAUGCAAGCUCGCAAACUAACAGUGGACAGUCUGUACCACAUCCCCAACCAACACCAAUACCAACCUGAACUGGGACGUCCUCCUAUGCUGUCACUCCGUACAGGACAAAAUACACAUCAUUACAGCUGUGAAGGGCAAAACCCCUCUCCUAUUUGAAAAUGCCACUUUGAAUUUCUUCCAGGAUCUUACAAAGGCAACGCUACUAUGGAGGAAAACCUACACACCGGUAACCUCCCAACUACGCAUGGCAGGACUGCCUUACAGAUGGGGGAUGGACAAUUCCUUAACUCUCACGAAAAAUGACACCACUCAUGUCCUCCACACCAUGGCCGACGCAACCCCUUUUAUGGUAAAACUGGGACUGCCCAAACCGACCGAGACACGAGCGCUACCUGAGAGUGCCAGAGACCCGACCAACAUCACCCCUUCGUCCCACGCACUAGAGGGACAUCGGCACCAGUGCAAUGAAGUGGCGGACAGACAGCCUUGGCCCCGAACUACGACGAGGGGCUAUCGAUAUAAGAGGGAAACCUUGUCUUUGGACACAUCACAGUCGUUAGACCAGCUUUAACUCUGGUCCUUUCUAUAAUUCAGUAGUUACUGUUCCUUUUAUUUUUACAAAUUAUCGUUUAACUCCGCUUGUCACCCGUAACCUGAUACCCAAAGCCCCCUUGGUUAGGGGUACCACACGCACCAAUAUUUUAUUAUUAUUAUUAUUAUAUUAUAAUUUAUAUAGCGCCAACAGAUUCAUAUUGUCCACCAACCUCAAACCCCAUCUCCUGGGCUCUACUGUACAUCCAGCUAGUAGCCGGGAUGGAUUACAUUGUUCCCACAUACCGACCACAAGACAAAACCACAUCCCAAACUGGGAACACACACUACUUUCUAAGCAGAUAUAUGUCACAUAUCAACUCCAAACACCACACACAUGACAACUGUAGUGACAAAAUGCUGUUCCUUGUUACAGGGCUCCCGCAUAACUGUUAACAUAACAUAACUGUUAACGUUACCCUUCGCAUGUUAGCUCUGUACACUAUUGUUCCAUGAUGAAAAAAAACGAAAAAUGUGCAUAUUGCGAGACAUGUUUAAGAAAUGUAUUCUGUAUUGCCUGGCUAUAUACAAAUGUCUUUGUUCUUUGUUCAAGCUACGCCACUCAUGCACAUUCAAAAUAAAGAAUAAAAAAAAAGAGUUUUAUUCAUGAUAGCUUGAUUUAUCGUCAAAUGAAUCGAAGCACUGGAGAUUCAAUUCUUGAUGGAACCUUGAAAAGGAAUUUGUUAUGUGUUUGUAUACACGGUGUCAAGCCAAAGGGUUCGUUUGGAAGGAGUUGUAGGAAGAAAAUACUUGAGUGUGACUAGUGAUAUGCUGUUAACAUUUUAUUUUAAUGUGAGAGUCCAUUUUUUGUUUACAUUUUUUACUCUGUACGUUUCUCUUACUGGCAAGCUCUAGUGGAGGAUAUAGGCUGGAUGUUUGGCCAUAUAGUAUUUGUCUAGAUCUUUCAUACAUUUUUAAUGUGUGGUUAUUUUUUUCUAAGAGUAACAGUUCAUAACUUUUUAUUCAUCAUGUAUAAUAUUUUUCUUGCUGCAGAGCGGAGGCUGUUCCAGAUUAUCCUGUUCUAUUCCUGGAGCUUCUGCUGCAAAAUGGAGAGGUGCUUCAAGAACAGCUUCCUCCAGGUAGAUUUAUAUCUUGACAAUUACCUUGCACCAAGUAUUUUCUGACAAAGAACUUGUUCUGUGGGAUUUAAACUGUAGCCACGUACAGUUGGAAUGAGACCAUAUAAUGCAAUAGAAAAUAAAAAUACAGGCGAUACCUGUCAAGCUCCUGCAUUGCUGCCAAUACCCAGGCUUUUCAACUGGCUGAAUUUUGUGCAUUUGAUAUGUAGUUCAGUACUUUGCAGUAGUUUCAUUCAUCAGAUAUGAACAGAAUUACUGUCUAUUCUGAGCUUCUUUUGCAAUCAGAAAAUAAAUUUCACAACAGAGAUUUAUGGAAGAAGCCUCUUAAAAUCAGACCCAAAACCUCCUGACUGGUGGGGCUUCUUUAUGAUCUGGGAGAGGUGCUCUGCUGCCGUUUACCCGUACUAGAACCGUGUCUCUUAAAACUAAAUUAAAUUGUUUAUUUAUUUAGUGGGUAAUUUCCAGCCUGGAGCUGCAAACACCUUUAAUGCUCAAAGGGGUGUUCCAUUGUGUAUUAAAUAGAUUUUCUGGACCCUUAUGUGCUCAUUGUUAAAGACUGGAAAGAAAACAUUAAUAGAUGAUUUUGUUAUUAUUUGGCUGCUUCUGCUUCACAGCUCUUCCUCCAAAACCAGCUAAACCAAAACCACCGAUGUGUACGGCCAGUGGGGGUGGAGGGACGCUGCAGGAGUCAGAGUGGUACUGGGGAGACAUUUCUAGGUGAGACUAAUUACAUUUUACUUCAUAUAAUUCCCCAUUCUAUGCUUGGGACAGAGAAAUAAGUGUUUCAUGCUGGCAUUUGAACAAAAUAAAAAAAAAGACAGAGUUAUUUAGGCAUAUGCUAGAUGGGAGUAUAGAAUAUGAAAUCAACCUUAGCAUGUGUGCAGACCGUGAACACUUUAGUGGUUUGAAGUGAUCAUGGUGCAUGGAGUCUGCAUGUACAACUUUUCUUCAGAGAAACAUUGAACAUACAGAGUUAAAACCCUUUACUGCCGAGGUGUCAUUCCACCUCCAGGGCAUCAUUAGCCAGCCAGGAAAUCUUGUUUAAGAGACACUAUAGUCACCAUAACCACGACAGCUGUUAUAAUACCAAUAACCGCACAGCCCCCUCUCAAAUUCUCUCCCCCUGAACGAGAACAAAAACACAGAGGUUUGUUCUUUUUUUUGGCGAUGGGGUUAAGGUACCAUGUCAGUAAGUCUUACAAUAACCAAAAACACUGUUUUUGGUUGCACUAAUCCUUUAAGUUUACAUUUGUGAUGAGUAAUUUCUCAAAGCCUUUUGUAGGUGGGGAGCACAAGGAAACGACUAUGGCACAGUUUUUAAACUGCACAACUGCAGUUGAAAUCAUGACUCUUAAAGGGACACUGCAAGCACCUAGACACCUUCAGCUCAAUGAAGUGGUCUGGGUGCCAGGUCCAUCUAGGAUUAACUCUGCCUGCUGUAAACAUAGCAGUUUCAGACAAACUGCUAUGUUUACAUAUGGGUUAAUCCAGCCUCUAGUGGCUGUCUCAUUGACAGCCGCUAGAGGUGCUUCUCACUGUGAUUUUCAGAGUGAGAAGACACCAGCUUCUAUAGGAAAGCAUUGAGAAUGCUUUCCUAUGGACUGGCUGAAUGCGCGCCCGGCUCUUGCCGCGCAUGCGCAUUCAGCCAAUGACGGCCAAAGAAGGAGGGGAGUCCCCGGCGCUGGAGGAUGGUGAGUGUUUAACCCCCUUCUUCUCCAUUCAGCCCGGCGGGAGGGGCAUCCGCAGGCCACUAUAGUGCCAGGAAAACUAGUUUGUUUUCCUGGCACUAUAGUGGUCCUUUAACCCUGCAAGUGUAAUUGUUGCAGUUUUCAUAAACUGCAAUAAUUACCUUGCAGGGUUAAGUCCUCCUCUAGUGGUUGUUGCCUCCAGCGUUGCCGAAAUCCCCAUAGGAAGGCAUUGCAUAAUGCUUUUCUAUGGGGAGGUCUAAUGUGCAUGCGCUGCCAUUGCCAAGGAGAGUAGGCGGAGCCUGACCCGGCGCUGGACUCCGGUAAGUCACUGAAGGGAUUUUAACCCCUUCAGAAACUUGGGGUGGAAGGGAGAGGGGCACUACCGGAUCCUGCAGUGCCAGGAGAAUCCCUUUAACAUUUUAUUAUAUUGCACAGGAUUGAUUUCAGUGUUAUUUUACUCUUAAUGUGUUCUGCCAGGAAGUCUGGAAUCCUUAAAAUAGCACUUUCCGUUAAAAGUCCUCACUGUGGCUCUUAAUUAUUGAGUAAAGAAUUCAUUUUGUGAUUGGUUACAGGGAGGAGGUGAAUGACAAACUACGGGAUACCCCAGAUGGGACGUUUCUGGUGCGUGAUGCCGCAAACAAAAUCCCAGGGGAAUACACACUUACUCUCAGGUAUGGACACUUGCAAUUUAGUCUUCACAAUGAGAUCUCUUGCAUCAAAAUAUCAUAGAUGAGUUAUCAAAUGAGUGCAAUUUCUGGAAUUAGAAAAAAGAGGGAGAGGUUCAUACACCUUAUUUUGUAAUCUUCAGGUAGUUACGUGUGAAUAUAUGAACUAGAUUGUUUGUAGUAAAGACUAUAAAAAUCCAAGCCUUGUUAACGCACUGACAUUAAAAUAUGAGCUUUCUUCUGAACUCAGUGGUGUUUCUAUUAUUUGGCAGUUCAUCAAUGCAGUUAUUAUAUUUAGCACUUCUUUAACACACCUGUGUAAGCAAACUGAAUUCAUGGCUGUGCACAGAUUCCGGUCUUCCAACAUGUCUCUGUUCAAGGAGUUUUCAAAGUACAAUAUAUGCACUCAAAUGCCUCUUGAAAAGAAAAUGGUCUAAUUUUUAAUGAUAUGAUAUGCUUUGCCUUGGUGUAGACAUGCACUGUUGCACUGCUAAUGGUGUUUAGACAUUCUGGAGUUUGCAGUACUUUUAAUGCACACUUUUACAUUUUGUUUUUCUAUUUCAAGUUAUAGGAAAGCAGGCAAUAAAAUGCCAUUUUUGUAAUACGUUAUCUUACUAUAUUGGACAAAUUAUAGAAACAUAGAAUGUGACGGCAGAUAAGAACCAUUUGGCCCAUCUAGUCUGCCCAAUUUUCUAAAUACUUUCAUUAGUCCCUGGCCUUAUCUUAUAGCUAGGAUAGCCUUAUGCCUAUCCCACGCAUGCUUAAACUCCCUUACUGUGUUAACCUCUACCACUUCAGCUGGAAGGCUAUUCCAUGCAUCCACUACUCUCUCAGUAAAGUAAUACAUCCUGAUAUUAUUUUUAAACCUUUGUCCCUCUAAUUUAAGACUAUGUCCUCUUGUUGUGGUAGUUUUUUCGUCUUUUAAAUAUAGUCUCAGCCUUUAUUGUGUUGCCAUUUAACUUUAAAUGGCAAAUUAGAUAUUUUGUCUAUAGAUCCAGCGACCAUAUUAUUUUCCAAUUAAUUCUGUUUGUGCAUGUGGGCAAUAUCCUAGGAAUUAAUGCAAGAGCAGUGACUUUAAACACAAUUCUAUUUUUUUAAAUGAAUGUUAAAAUAUUUAUGUGUUACAUAUAAAAAGAAAUUGGACCCCUUCAUGUUCCUUACAACACAAACUCUGACUAGCUACAAUUAACAUGGGCUCCUAAUCCUCAUUCAGCUUCCUAAAACAAAAGCUAGUUUGAUUUUCACAGGAAGUCUCUGGCUAGAAAAGUAAAAAAAUAAAAUUAAAAUCAAACAAAAACCAUAUAUUCAGUUACUAAAUUAGGCAGCAAUAUGCAAUGUCAAUCUGCAGUUGCUAAGGCCAGUAAGGUUUUGUCAUGUAUAAAUAGUGGCAUAAAUUCUCGAGAUGAAAAUAUAAUUUUGGCUCUUUAUAAAUCGCUGGUAAGACCACACCUUGAAUAUGCUGUGCAAUUUUGGGCACCUGUUCUAAAGAAGGAUAUCAUGGCACUAGAAAAAGUGCAGAGACGAGCUACAAAAUUGAUAAAAGGAAUAGAGCAUUUUAGUUCCGAAGAAAGGUUGAAAAAUUUAAAUCUCUUUCGUAUAGAAAAACAGCGCCUCAGAGGGGAUAUGAUAACAUUAUACAAAUAUAUUCGGGGCCAGUACAAACCAUAAUCUGGAAAUCUAUUCAUAAACAGGGCUAUAAAUAGGACACAGGGUCACACAUUUAGGCUGGAAGAAAGGAGAUUUAAUCUAAGGCAAAGACAAUGUUUUUUUUUUUGUUUUUUUUUACAAUAAGAACUGUAAGGAUAUGAAAUUCUCUGCCUGAAGAGGUGGUUUUAUCAGACCAUACAGAUGUUUAAACAUCAGUUGGAUAAAUACUUGCAAAAACAUAGCACACACGGAUAUCAUUUCUAAUUCGUGGGUUAAUAGCUGCUUGAUCCAAGGAGACAUCUGACUGCCAUUUUGGGGUCAAGAAGGAAUUUUUUCCUUGUUUGUUGCAAAAUUGGAAGCGCUUCAGCGUUUCAGACUUUUGCCUUCUUUUGGAUCAACAGCAAAAACAUAUGUGAGGAAGGCUGAACCUGAUGGACGCAAGUCUCUUUUCAGCUAUGUAACUAUGUAAAUACAUAUGUAAUUGUUUGCAUAUUUUAUUAUAUGCAUUAAAAGUACUUAAUUAUGUUCCUUUAAAUAGGCAUUCAAAUUUCAUGCCUAGCUUUGUCAUAUAUAAAAAAAAUUGUAUUUGGAGGCAUGUCUUUUAGCUCAGCAGAAUUUUUAUUUUUUAAACCGAAUAAGAUCUAAGCAGAACAAUCAAGAAGGGGAAAAGAGAACAGGGGAAGGAGUUUGUAGAGUUGCUGAAAGUAUGUUGCUCUAAUCUUCUCUGCCAUGCAGCUUGUUCAAAAAGGUAGCCUACGGCCACUAGGAAAGUGUGGGUUUGGGUGGAAGGUAUUACCAAUGCACCUUGGUCCCCAGAUGCCUCUUGGAUCUCUGAAUGUAACUUCUUAUGGAAUGGCAGGGGUUCUGGUCCAAAUACUUUAUAGGACGUCAAUGAGACACAAAUAUAGCUAUACAGGUAGUAGUUUCAGCUCCUUCAUUCUACAAAUAUCUUGCCUCAGCUCACCUGUAAGAGUUGAACUAAUUAUUGUCUCGCUAAACAAAGUAUCUAUGACUAUGGACUAAUUUGAUUAUGUAAAUGAUGAGUGAGUUUUGUUAUGACUCUACCAAAAUAUGGAUGGGGUGUAAAAGGAACUUGGCUGUGUUUUGUAGUGGUUUCUGUACUUUCCAUUUCAAUACCCUAAAAAAAAGAAAUGUUGGAGCGCUACCAAUAAGAUGAAAUGGUUGUCUCUGGCUGACUACUUCUCCAAUAGCGUCAGAGUAUGGAGCUUGUAACCGGUCUCCUGGUACUUAACUGCUGAGAAUUUUUGUGUUUUUUUUUUUUUGGUUUUUUUUUGUCGGUCAAAACAAAUAUUUGAAGUCUUUCAUCCUUGAGUCAAGCAUCCAGUACCUAGAAAUGUAUGGGGGUGAGUCCAGGGUCCUAGGUUGGAGAAAUAUAACUAUAAUUCUAAAAUAUAGUAAGAUGGAGAAGAGCUUGUGGGAAAACAAGCCUUUAAACAAAACCUCCAAAUACUAUAACUACUACAGCUCACUUCAGUGGUUAUAGUUCCAGGAUUCCCCUGGUCCCUCACUAUUAUAAGGAGUUACAUCUUUAUAAAUUUUUUUUGGUUUGUUUUCUUACCUAGUCUGCACCACUCCUGACCUCAGGAGGAACUUACAUUAGCUCUCCUGAGCUAAGGUCUGCUAAGGUGUUAUACUUUUCUACACUUUUUUUGCACUGUUUAGUUUACAUUGGGUGACAUAGGCAGCCAAAGGACGUGUAUCACCUUUUGUGUAUGGAACUUGUUUUUUUGGACCCUGAAUAAUUCAUGUGAAUUAAAACGUUUUUGCAUAUACUAAUCUUUCUAUCCAUUUUUAGUCAGAGUGUGAUAGUAUGUAUUUGUAUAAAAAAAAAAAAAAAAAAAAUCAUGUAAUAUACAAGAUACAUUAAAAAGCAAAGUGUGUUUUAGAAGAAAUUAGAUUGGAUUGUGGGGAUAUUUAUAAACUAUUUAACAUUUGGUCUUCUAGUUUCUUAUGGUAUCUUCAGAACACAUUGGUACUCUCCCCAGACACUCCUAAAUUCAUCAUAAUUAACACACAGAAUUAAACAAACUUUUUGAUCUUCUUUAAUGUGCAGAAUUCUAAUAAUCAGCUGGUUUAACGAAUGAGGGAGUUGUCAUUGGAAACAAAUGCCCAAACACAGACUUUACUGUUAACGGCCUUCCACAUGCAUGUUAUUCAGUUCUUUCUGUCUCUCAUUACCACAGGAAGGGUGGAAAUAAUAAGCUGAUUAAAAUAUUCCAUCGUGAGGGUAUGUAUGGCUUCUCUGAACCUCUCACCUUCACCUCUGUCGUGGCACUUAUCACUCACUACCGACAUGAAUCGCUGGCCCAAUACAAUGCCAAACUGGACACUAUACUUCUUUACCCCUUGUCUAAAUACCAACAGGUAAGUUCUUAUAACUAUGUGUACAGUCUACUGCGAAUAACUUGAUAUUUCCUUCUUAAACAUUUAAUCAUAUAUUUAUUGCUAAUAUUAGGAUCAGAUUGUGAAGGAGGACAGCAUCGAGGCUGUUGGAGAGCAGCUCAAGGUUUAUCACCAACAGUACAGACAAAAGAGCCGAACUUUUGAUUGCCUGUAUGAGGAAUACACCAAAACAACUCAGGUAGUAACUCGCUUUGUACACUCUUGGAAGUUGACAAUUUGUAAGUUGGUGUCUUUAACUCUUCCUCUAUCCUGAUAUCAUCCCAGGAGUUGCAAAUGAAACGCACAGCUAUUGAGGCCUUUAAAGAAACCAUCAAGAUCUUUGAAGAACAGUCCCAGACACAAGAAAGAUGCAGCAAAGAUUACAUUGAAAAGUGCCGCAGAGAUGGAAACAGCAACGAGAUUGAAAGGUGAGGAGAAAAGGCUCGGUGAUCUACAUUUCAUCUAUAUUUUGUAUCAGCGCUAGUAUUAAAAUAGAAUACUUUAAAAAGUGCAAGUGUGUAUCAAAAAUUAGCUGCUAAUCCACUUAAGUGCAACCUUCAGUAAAACACCCAAAAAUAGAAACACAGAAAAUAUAUAUACAGGGGAGCGCUUAUUAAGGUGAUCUACUACAUAAGGAAAAAAAUCCACUUUAUACCUUAUACUUUAAGAAUUCUCAGAUCUCCCCGUUUACUUAGAGUGGGAGAUAUAGUAAAAAUUUGAUAUGGGGAUCGAGGGGUCGAGGCACUCAGUUAAAAUAAGAAAACUAAAUAAAUAGAUUUUUAUUUCUUUUUAAAUUAACCCCUCUCCUCCCUCCCCAUGUACUUAUCGACCGCUGUCGUUCCCCCGCCGGCGAUCUGUCUUCUUCUGAAGGGGGCUUACUUUCACCCAGUAAAGUUACCUCAUAGGAUUACCUGGGAAGAUACCAAGAAGGGAAAGGGUUGCCUGCACGCACCCUACAGCACACCAAACCAGAGCUAGGUGCAUUAGCUCUGAAAUGUGUCAGUGUUCCUUUGUGAUUAUUUAUAUAUAAAAACCAGAUAAAAUUUUGUAUCUUGUAAUACCUUUUUUAUUGGACUACCAGAAUUUUUUUAUGGCAAUCUUUCGGGAGAACCUCCCUUUCUCAAGUCUAAAGCAUUUCUGAGCAAGACGACACAUAGAAUUCAAAGUUGAGUUGUGAUACAGGGGUUAAAGCGACAUUGAGUGCAUAUAAGACACAGGUUGAUAGAAAGUAAUUAUUUCGUUUUUACUCUUCCCUUCUAGCACCAUCUUCUACACUGUUUGCGUGUUUUAUUUUGUUUUUCUCUCCCCCUCACUUUGUGAUCUUCACAUAAGAUAUUUACGACCCUCUGCGAGAAUGGUGUCUAUUUUCUAUCAAACCUGUGUCUUUUCUAUAAAUAGAUAUGGAUACGGAUAUGAAGUAAUAUAGACCAGAUUGUGGAUGACAGAUCAAUUAUUACAUAUUUUUUUAACUGGAUAACUUGCAGAUGAGUUAGUGCUGAAUGGUGAGCAGCUUUUUACUUGGCUCAUGUGGCAUCAAUCUACGUCAGUGGUAGUCAGCCUAUCUCUACCUACCGCCCACUAAUGCAUCUUUCUUGAUGGAAAAAUUUCCUUACUGCCCACCAGUUUUCACGCAAGUGCGGAAUAUUUUUUAUAAAGGAGGGUGUUUUAAAAAAAAAUAAAUGUACGUACAUUUAUCUUUUUAUUUCUACUUAAUGCAUGUUUAUAAUGUUUUUAACUUUAUAAAGUUUAAUGAGAAAACAAUAAAGUAAAUUGAAAUUGACGGGCGUGGCCAACUGCCGAAGCAAGCAGUCGCAUGGAGUGAGAGCUCCGAGCUUCGGAUGACAUAAACGCCAACAACUCCUAUCAUACACAGCCCCACAAGAGGCAAAUAAGCCCAGGAACGAGACUGCAAUCAUGGCCCCAGCCAAGCAAACUAAACUGACGGAUCAAAUUCGAUCCGCGAGGAAGGACCGCAUGCGGCCUUCACAAGAUGGCGACGACGGACCAGCCUGCUCGCAACUAACUGAAGGCACACCUGAGCCAGAAGGGGAAACCUGUCCAUACACGGACGCCCCAGUGAUGGAAAAACGGCUGUAUCUUAUGCUACAGGACUUUCGGGUCACUCUUCAGUCUGACCUUAAAAAAGCGACUAGUGAAAUAAAAAGAGAAAUAUCUGAUCUGGGUGAGCGCACAAACCAGCUUGAGGCCCGCACAGACGACCUCUGCAGUGAGCAGAAUGAGCUGGCAAGUACAGUACAGCAUCUAAUGGAGGAACAACUACAGCUCAAACGCAAACUGGCGGACUUGGAGGAUAGGUCCCGCAGAAACAAUGUCAGAUUCCGCGGGAUACCAGAAAAAGUGGGCCUAGAGGAACUGCCCUCAUUUCUCAAAGGGCUUUGCACCACCCUACAGCCUGAUAUAGCCGACGAAACAUGGCUACUGGACUGUGCUCACCGACUACCACGACCACCGAGGCUGGCGCCAGAUACGCCUCGUGAUGUGAUUGCAAGGUUUCACUAUUUCACCUCAAAGAAUGCUCUGCUGACUGCAUCACGUAACCUGGACAAGCUACCAGAACCGUACACCAACAUUAACAUAUAUGCGGACCUAUCAGCCCUAACAAUGGCCAGGAGAAGAGAGUUUAUAACGGUGACAAAAACCUUAAGGAACCACAACAUCCAAUACAGAUGGGGAUAUCCGACGAAAAUCAUAAUAUGGAGGAACAACAAGAAUCACACGGUUAAUGAACCAGAAGUAGGCAUGCGCCUAAUACGGGAAUGGGGACUGUUCCCGACACAAACGACGGUAGCGGCCGCUACUGCACCACAACGAAGAAUGCAAGCAGAAUGGCACAUGGCGGGAUCGCCGACUAAAGCAUAAAAGACUCUGUUCCAGGGACUCUUUCCUCACCCAGCAUAUGCUAUGCUGACCUACCUCACGUAACUAUGACAUAUGCAAUUUGACACACAUGGCAUUAGGAACAUGCACAUGGCUCAUGUAAUGCCAGACAACGUGCUGUAACUGGCUGAUUGUGGCUGGCACGGGAGGAGGGGGGAGCCCCUGGGACUGUAUGUAUGACAAUAUGUAUAUCUGGGCACUACGCAGUGGUUAUGCAAGGGCUGUGUACCCUUAAUUAGCAUAUAAGUCAUCCUCACCCCCGCUCUUAACACCGAGCGCACCCCCACGGAUGAGCGCAGAUACUAGCACCAAGGGCUGGUCUGUGUCUCAACCGGAGAAGGCGCCAAUCGUCCUGAGGGCGCUGUGUAAAUACUUUAGUUAUGUUGUGAAAAGUUUACUUCUGUUAUCCCUACCAAAGUUUCUAUGUUCCCUUGUCACUCCACCCCCUCCUAGGAGACCUAUACCACUGUCAAAGCAAACAUGCUUUCCACGAUUUAGCAAUCUGUUACCCACACAAUAUGGAUAAUACCCUAAAAAUUCUGUCCAUGAAUGUCAAGGGUCUCAACAGCCCGCAUAAACGUAGGUUGUUAUCACAGGAAAUGUUCCGCUCCAGGGCGGCCAUAGUGUGUCUCCAGGAAACUCACUUCACUAUACGUAAACCACCCACCUUUAAGUUCAAACAAUAUAGUCAAGCUUAUCACGCCAUGGCUACAACUAAGUCCAAAGGGGUCUCAAUAUAUUUUCACGGGGACUGGGUAUUUACGCCAGCCAAACAAUACGUCAGCAAAGAUGGCAGGCUGCUAAUAUUAGUGGGCUCAUUAAACGGCCUCCAAUUGACAGUAGCCUCCCUGUAUGCUCCAAAUGAUACGCAAAAAGAAUUCCUGACCAAAGCGUUCCGCAAACUAGACCAAUUCAAAACGGGACACACUAUUGUAUGUGGCGACUUUAAUUGCACGCCUGACCCACACAUAGACAUGCAGCGGGUACAAAACCGACCUCCUAAACAAGUCUCUCUGUCCUUGAGCAGACACUUGACAAACCUGCUGCACACCUCUGACUACUAUGACGUGUGGCGUAAUUUAUACCCGGGUAUAAGAGAUUAUACAUUUUAUUCCUCAGUCCACAUGACGUACUCCAGAAUUGAUCUCUGCCUCUUCGACAGGAGCACACUGUCACACGCUAUAGACAUGCACAUUGGCCCCAUAAUAUGGUCGGACCAUGCCCCCUUGGAAAUAAUAAUGAAAAUACCACACCCGGCGAGGGGGAGAGGCACUUGGAGAUUGAACGAGGCCCUACUAGACAACCCGCAUCAUUUUACGCACUUAAGAGACACAAUAGAAGCAUACUUUGAGGCUCAUACACACUGUGAAACCACACUGGCAACACAAUGGGUCGCACACAAGGUGGUUAUGAGGGGGGAAUUCAUCAAGUUGGGAGCCAACACCAAAAGAGCAGCGGGCAUAGAACACACAAAACUCAUUCAAGAAAUUACAGACACAGAACUCCGCCACAAGUCAAACCCAUCUAAGCAAAUCCACACACGGCUACAGACACUCAAGACCAAAUUACGCGAACUACAACUACUAACGACUGAGAAGCAAAUGCGAUACCUGAAACAAUCUCACUAUACACUAGGGAAUAAAGCAGGCAAACUGCUAGCUGGCCGCCUGAAACAAAAAUACCUCCAAUCCAAGAUCCCCUACAUAUUCUCCAAAAGUGGUGACAAAAUCUUUAACCCCCAAGACAUAGUGAAUACAUUAGCGGAUUACUAUGCGUCCUUAUACCAACUGCAUGCAGACCCAGCAACACACCAACCUACUAUAGCAGAAAUAGACUCUUUCCUAGAAAAAGCCUCCCUUCCCUGCAUAUCUCCAGAUUUGAGUGCAUACUUGACCUGUCCCUUUACUGACGAAGAAAUCAGGGAAGCCAUUAAAUCACUCCCAAAGCACAAAUCCCCAGGUCCAGACGGCCUCUCCAAUUACUACUAUAUCAAAUACACAGACCAGUUAGCGCCCCACCUCCUAAAACUAUUCAAUGACAUUAAACAGACAGGAAAUAUGCCCCGAGAAAUGUUAGAAGCCUUUAUUGUCACUUUGCCCAAACCUAACAAACCCUCAAAUCAGUGUGCUAAUCUGAGGCCGAUAUCCCUUCUUAAUUCGGACACUAAAUUAUACGCUAAACUGCUAGCCACACGGGUCAAAAGGCUCUUCCCUACACUUAUCUCCGCUGAGCAGGCGGGAUUUGUGCCGGGUAAGCAAGUGGGUGACAACACCCGCCAAUUUCUAGAUCUCAUCGACUGGGCGAACCAAUCCUCUCAACAGGGCCUGGUGCUGGCGUUGGAUGCCGAAAAGGCGUUUGACCGCUUGCACUGGGGAUACAUGGAACAAACCUUGGCCAAAAUGGGGCUCCCACCAGCCUUCCUCAAAAGUAUAAUGGCCCUCUACCAAUGCCCAUCGGCAAAGGUCUUUAGUACCGGCUUUCUAUCCGCACCCUUUACAAUACAUAAUGGCACGCGACAGGGUUGUCCGCUGUCACCACUCAUUUUUAUCCUCUGUCUAGAACCCUUGACGAAACAUAUAAAAAAUAAUGCACAAAUCUGUGGACUGUCGACACCAAGGGGUAUGCAGAAGUUGGCUUUAUUUGCCGAUGACAUACUCAUGUUCAUAACACAACCCACAAGCUCCAUCCCUGCCCUUCUAGGUCUUCUUAGCGAGUAUGGUAGGGUUUCCUACUAUAAGAAUAACACCACUAAAACGCAAGCACUACCAAUCAACCUAACGCACCAAACGCAAACGCAGCUCUCCUCUGACUACACCUUUGACUGGCGUAAAACGUCUCUCACUUAUUUGGGAAUCAAACUGACGAAAUCCCACCAAACCGUUCUUAAAGAAAACCACUACCCUGUCAUAAACAAACUAAAAUCGACCCUAGAACAAUGGGAAAACCUAGAGAUAUCCUGGCUGGGCAGGGUAAAUACGAUUAAAAUGAUGGCUCUGCCCCAUAUUUUAUAUCUCUUCCGUACGAUACCAAUACCACUGCCCAACAAAUUAAUAAAAUCAAUGCAAUCUGUUAUCAAUGCGCAUGUCUGGAAACGAAAACCCCCGAGAGUGGCCCAACGAAACCUGAGCCUUACUUUCACCAAAGGGGGGCUGGGUCUCCCUGACAUUAAGACGUACUAUAGGGCAUCGAUUUUAGCACAGGGAGUACGCAUACUGAGACUUCAAGACAGCUCCCCUAAGCCACUAUGGCUUACACUGGAAGAUGCCUACCUGCACCCACAUAACACGACCCAAGCAUUAUGGGCCAGCGCCCCCACCAACUUUGAUGGAACAUACCUCCCACGGUGCUCCAGGUUUCUGCUGAGCUCAUGGCGAACCUGGAGUCACCUAAUAUUAGACCCACAUUUGCUCUUCAGGGAAGCUCCCCUAGGGAUCCUGACCAUGUUCUCUCCAGACCUACCCAUGGCAAGCUGGAUAACCAGGGGAAUACAUAGAGUUAAGGACCUACUAGAGGGAAACGAACUAAAACUGUUCCCUGAUCUCCAGAGGGAAUUCUCCCUGGCCCAAAGGGAUGUGUUCCUCUACCUUAGAACGAAAAACAUACUGUUACCACACAUACGCAAACCUAGUACAGGAUCCAUGAAACCACCCCUACCACUCAAUAGGGCUCUCACCGCUAAGCUUGGAAAACCUCUAUCCAUGUGCUACAACGCUCUAUUGGAGCCAAAACCCGGUGAGAAAAGAUCCUACAUGAAGCAAUGGGAAGGGGAACUGGGUUACCAACUAACUCUGGCACAAUGGUACGAAGCACUAUCCAACACAAAGGGCGCCUCCAAAAGCCUCUCGCUGUGGGAAGCAUAUUGCAAAAUAGCCAUGAGAUGGUACCUAGUCCCACAUAGAUUAGCAAAGAUUUACAAGGGCACAUCUGGGCUCUGCUGGCGCUGUGAGGGGGGAGCGGGUACCAUGCUACACAUGUUCUGGGACUGUCACGCACUAGGUGCAUACUGGACACAGAUCCAAAACCUUAUUUUGAACACUACAGGUCUCCUAAUUAAUUUGCGUCCAGAACAUUACCUGCUACACAUGAUUCCUGAUCUGUCAUCACACCCCCACAAGGUAGUACUGAUAAACAUCCUCACAGUAGCAAAAAUCCUGCUAGCACAACACUGGAAAAGCCAGACAAUACCUACCAUGGCUACACUCACGGAAAGAGUGGAUGUCAUAAGCUCCUACGAGAAGAUGGCGAGUAGAGUACAGGGACAGGAAAGAAAGUACGCUGGGAAAUGGGCAAGUUGGAACCUUAGGACAUGAGUAUCUCCCCAUGUAGAGCACUCACCUCAGAUAAUACUGGCCUCACAGCUGAAAACUAAAAUAAUGGGAAGCAAAACUGGGAAUCUUAGAUCUCCCCACCCGAAUUACGGUCUCCCCCAUUCCCCCCCCCCCUGUGUUUCCAUUCCCCCUCCCCUUAUAAAAGGCCAAUCACUCCAAACGACAAACUGAUCACUACAUGGUCUUGCAGUCAACGCAUCUCUAGAGGCAAUUAAUGUGCCCAUAUCACAAUGCAAGUAGAGAAACGAAUGUAUCACAAGCUGUACAAAGUAUCCUUUGUAAACAAUGAACCAAAAUGACGGCAUGUAUAUAUGUAAUGUAACAAUGCACAUACCUGUUGAAAGUAUCUGACUGCAACGUAAUCUGUUUCAUGCUGUUGGCAAAAAUAAAAACUAAAUAUGGAAAAAAAGUAAAUUGAAAUUACCUUUACUAGUGAUUAAUGAGAUCCUUGAGGUUGAUGCUGUGAGACUAACUAUUUGAUAUCUGGUUCGAUUUUCGGAAGGAACAAACAAAGGUCUAAUCUUUUGGUGAUAUUCAGACGACUUCUCUGUUUGCGCAUAAAAUGAUUUCUCAUCUGUGCGUCAGCUCCCCUCCUCUCCCUCCUCAAUUCCCCUCCCCACCUUUUUUUUUUUUUUAAACCUUCCUUAUAGCAGUGCCCAGUAGGAAGGCUGAGCUAGGUAGCCCACUUACUAUUACUUACUAUAGACCACUAUAACAGACAGGCACACAUACAUACAGACAGACACAUACACACACACAGACAUGCACACAUACAUACAAAGAUACAUACAUACAAACUCACAUACACACAGACAGACACAAGACACACAUACAUACAAAGACAUAGAAAGGGUCCCUUUCUUAAUACACACACAUACAAAGACACACAUACACACAAAAUAUUUUAGUCACUCUCCUGUUUACUACUUUUUAGGUGCAGGGUGACAUUCCCUGGGGUCCAGUGGUGGCUCAGGUGGAUGGGUGUCAGAGUUCCCACUCUGACUCCCUCUGCUUCCUCCCGCGUGGUCUGUGUGUUAGCUGGGAGGAGUGACAUGCAGUCACUUCCUCCCAGCUCUGUGAUGUAAUCACAGGGGGCCCGGUCGCGCUGUUAAAGCGCCCAGCGCUGACUGGGCCCCCUUACAAUCCACCUCCAUCGGGUGGCCCUGACAGCAUGGGCCACCUGAUGGACCCCUUGGACAGCGGUGCGCGGGCCGGGGCCGCAAAUGGUGAUGACGGUACCCAGUCGCAGGGGUACUGCUGGCUCGCACCUGCCCGCUCAAUCUCUCGAAAUGAGGAAAUUCCUACCGCCCACCUGGAAUCCUGAAACGUCCACCAGUGGGCAGUAGGGACCAGGUUGACGACCCAUGAUCUACGUAGUUCAUUUGAACUGCACAACUUGUUAGUCCUACUGCCCCCAGUGGUAAAAUACUACACACGUUCAUUCUUAGGCUAGUGGAACAUUAUUAUUUUUUAGAAUACACUGUAUGACAUAUGCUGCGUCAUUUUAUUUUUAUAUAUAUAUAUAUAUAUAAAACAUAAAAAAUACACAAUCCAGCACACUUGCUUAUUCACUAAACAAUGUUUUUAAAUCUUACAGUUUGUAAUAGUUUUAUUUAAAAACACCUCACCUUGGCAAAAAAUAAUCGGCGUUUAGUUACAUUAUAUGAUCAUAUAUUGCAUAAGCCUGCCACAACGUCAAUGUACCCCAUUCUUGGCAGGUCACAUCGCAGGGACAUCGGCGCUGGGUGGACACUCCGCCCCCUCCUAAAUUCUGCAACGAGCAGGUGCUAAUGUGCAAGUGCAGUAAAUGCCGCACACAUUAGACCUUCCCAUAGGAAAAUAUUGAAUCAAUGCUUUCCUAUGGGGAAAAAUCUGAGCCUGCAUGUCCUCAUGCAGAGUAUGAGGACGUCCAGCGUCAGAUACCGGACCCAAGGUCCGUUUUGUUCCUGGAAGCUCUUCCAGUGGUUGUCUGGGAGACAGCCACUGGAGGCAGACUUAGUGCUGCAAUGUAUACAUUGCAGUUUCUCUGGAACUGCAGUGUUGUACAUUGCAGCACUAAUUGCAAAAGGGACACUGCACCCAGGCCACUUCAAUAAACUGAAGUGGUCUGGGUGCCGAUAGUGUCCCUUUAAUUCUGAUCAAAAUCCAUUCGCAGUCCUAAACUUUCAAGGAUCCUUCACUGUAGCCUGCAGACACUCAUUCUUGUUCUGUUCUCAGCUUUUUGGCAAAUAUUUCACAUUUUGACUCAUCAGUUCAAAGCACCUGCUGCCAUUUUUUGGCACCCUUGUUACUGUGUUGUCGUGCAUAAUUGAGUCUCUUUACCUUGAUUCCACAUCGGAGGCACAGCUUAUUGGCAGCAAGUCUUCCACACCACUUUUGACCACAUUUAUUCAGACAGUAGGUGAGUGAAUUAGGAUGCAUUGGUUUCUGCUAAUUCUGAGUGGACGACACUGCUGGACAUCUUCUGAUUAGGAAGGUAAGUAAACAUGAUCUGUUUUUCAUCUGUUGAACCGUUUUCUUGACUGACCACUGUGUCUAUGGUCAUCAACACUGGACAGAACAUCUGGAAACCCCUGUUUCACUGUAAAGGCUUUGCUGAUACAGAAUAACUACCUUGUGUCUUGUUGUUGUGCUAAGUCUAGCCAUGGUGUAUAACUUUUCAUAUGAAACAGUUUUCAGCAGCAACCUCACCUUGUUAGCAGUGUUUGUCUGAUCCUCACCCAGUUUUACUCAUCCAACAGUACUGUUUUUGCUUCAAUUAAUAAUUGUGUUUCAAGCUACGUAUUAAAGUGAUGAUCUUUAGCAUCUGUUUGGUAUAAUUGUUCAGUCAUGCACCUGACUAUAUCCCUAACUUUGUGCGAAAAUUUAUGCUGUUGUGAAGGCAAAGGCUGGUCACACUAAAUAUUGAUUUGAUUUUUUUCUUCUGUUAACUCACUACAUUUUAUUAAUUGAUAAAAAAUAAAAUAUUUCUAUUUUUGAAAGCAUUCUUAACAUCUACAAAACAUUUGCACAGUAGUAUGUGUGUGUAUGUAUAUGUAUAUGUAUAUGUGUGUGUAUGUAUGUAUAUAUAUAUAUAUAUAUAGAUAUUUAACAUAUUUUUUUGCAUUUUAGUACACAUUGGCAAAUGCUUGGAUUGCACUAGCUUAUUCUUUCUAAUGUCUGUUAGUAACAUUUGCUUUUUGUUCUUGUCACAUGGUCAGGAUACGGCUGAAUGCUGAGAAGCUCGCAUCUCGGGUUAAAGAGAUUCGUGACCGCAAAACUCAACUAGAGCAAGAUUUAUUAAAACAAGCCUCAGAGAAUCGGGAGAUUGACAAAAUGAUGAACAGCUUAAAACCUGACUUGAUGCAACUACGCAAACUCAGAGACCAAUACCUAGUGUACGUAUUCCAUUUGUGCGUCACUUUUGUUUUCAUUCUUAUCUAAAUCUGUGUUUUCCUAGGCUAACCUUCCAUGUUUAUCCUUGCUAUCAUUUGUAUAUAUAGUUUGUAUUAUCUUCUUGUUAUUUCCUCCGUGGUGGUUACCUGUCUUUGUAUCCACAUGUUUCUCAGAUUUUUACAUCUGCGUCCAGUAACGUUCACUGUCUAUCAUUGAUUGCCUGUUUAAUGCUAAGAUAUGUUGUACACGUUAUCAAUGAAAUACAAGCAUUCUAGGAUUUUAAUCUAAUCACGUUUUGUUCAUACUCUUCAUCUGCCAGUUUAGAAUGCUGUAAAAUAUCCCCAUUGUUUUUUAUCUUAUUUUUUUACAUUCAUUCUUGUUUUAAACAAGCACACUGCCAGUAUUCAUUGUUAUUUCUCACAAUUUAGCUGGCUCCAUGGGAAAGGGGCUCGUCAGAAAGACAUAAGCGAAUGGCUAGACGUGAAGAAUGAGCCUGAAGAGUGAGUAUAUUUACGUCCCACUUCAACUACUUUUAUUAUUUGCCCCUUUGCCAAUGUGUUCUUUCAUUUCUAUAACUGCCUAUAAUUUAAGAAGUUAUUGUUUACUGACACAUGAAACUGAUUUAAAGGGUCCACAUCUAUAUGGUGACAAACAACUAUGUGUACUCAAGUUUAACUUAUAUCUGUACUAUAUCUGUAUUGUUUUUCAUCAAUAAUUACUGAGGUACGACAGCCUGAAUAGGAAACAUAAAGGAAAAUGGAGAUUGAAAUGCAUGACUAAUGAGAGUAUUUAGAAAAUUGGGCAGACUAGAUGGGCCAAAUGGUUCUUAUCUGCUGUCACAUUUUAUAAGUUACAUAAAGUAGAUCAUAUUUUGUAUUAAACUUUAGAUACUUUUUUUUUUAGUAUUUCCCCAUGUACAGAUCAAGUGCCAUAAUUAAUCUUGUUGCCUUUUUGGAAAACUUUGGCCUGUUUAUCACUAACAGGGUUGUUUACUAAAGUGAGAAUUCAGGGUGAAUUCAAAUGAAAUGUCAAAAUAGUUCAACGGGAAACAUUCUCCAUCAGCUAUGCUUUAAGUUCGGCUGCUCUGUCCUUAAAUUUGAAAUUUACUUUGCAUUUUCACAUUUCUAAAUAACCCUGCAAACGUUGUUUUGAAUGCCAGUUGAAUUAUUUUCAAUAUGCAGUAAUGAAAUACCUUAGGAUUUCACUACAAGUUAAAUGACACAAUAAAUGUCCAUUAUAACAAGCACUUACUGUGGUUUCACUGAACACAUGAACUGUCUACAAGUUCAUGUGAGGAAUGAAAGCAUGGAAAUUGGACUCUUAAAGUAUUACAGUGGUAGGAUAGUCAUAUUUAAUGAUGAAGGGAAGAUGUUGGUGGUCAAAAUCAUACAAAAUAGUGUACAUUAAAUAUAGAAUAAGUCCAAAUUUAAGCACAUCAAUGUGGUAAUGAUAAAGAAACAAGGCUGUGUUGUUCUUCAAAUAUCAGGUAAUGCGGAAGGUGAAAACCACCAAAAUGGUGGGUUUAACACUCUAAGGUCAGGAAUACAUGUUUUUGUUCCUUUAAGUGUCCCAUACCUCUACUUGGAAGAAGGCAACACUUUUUUUUUUUUACCAUUGUUCUUGUAGCCCAUACUCUCUAAUGGAUGAUGACGAGGACCUUCCACACCAUGAGGAGCGCACCUGGUACAUGGGGAAAAUUGAUCGUGAGCGGGCUGUAGAGAUGCUUCACAAGAAGCCUGAUGGUACAUUCCUAAUUCGAGAAAGCCGUAGGAACGGCUGCUACGCUUGCUCUGUGGUGUAAGUAUAAGAAAACUGUUUACUAUUUUUCUGUGACAACGGACCUCCCUCACUCAUACUACCUAUGUGGCACAGGUACAUGGAGCAUCUUCCACCAUUACCAGUGUCAGGAGCAUAGAUGGUUAUGAAGCCUGAAGGGUCCCUUUAAUAUUUCUGUGAGUCUACUGGCACUUUAUUGCCCCAUCUAGACAAUUGUUUUCUCGUUGUCUUGUUGAAACCCAGCUCAGCUCAACUACUUAUAGAACUAGCAGGGUUAUUCACUAAACUGUGAAUUGUCUAGAAUUCCUAAAACCAAAAUAGCCAAAUUGGAAAGUCAAGUACGUUUUCAGUGUUACUAUUUUGUCUUAACAUUUGAAACCCACUUUGAGGUUCUGACCGUUUCUUUAAUACCCUAUAUGUAUUUCUUCUAGAGAUAAUGUUUUACUGGACCACUGCAGGCACCAAAAACUCUUCAUGUCAUUGCACAUUCUUACUUUAAAAUGUACAACUGCUUUCAAGUGCUAGAAUACUGUAGUGGAGUCCCUCACAUGCCGGUGUCUUCCUAUCCGGUCUGUCUUCCUACCUGCCUACAAAUGCAGAGGCAGCUCCACCACUGGCCAGACAUAGCAAAUAAUGCUCCAGAAGUACUCUACAUUUCUGAAGCAUUAUCACUAUUGCUCAAGUAAAUGAUUCUGCAUUUGCAAGCAGGCAGAGGAGCAGAAAACAGGCUAGCACCCAAAGAAUAGCAUUUCCGGUAAACAGUUAAUAAACAGAAGAAUACAACAUAGAUGUGUAUGGAGGAUUCCACUAGAGCGUGGGAUCCUCCGUAGAGGUGUGUGUGUGUAUAUAUAUGUUUGUGUGUGUGUGUGUGUGUGUAUAUAUAUAUAUAUAUAUAUAUAUAUAUAUAUAUAUAUAUAUGAAGUAGUCUGGGUGCCAGGUCGAUCUAGGGUUAACCCUGCAGCUGUAAACAUAGCAGUUUCAGAAAACUGCUAUGUUUACAUUAGGGUUAAUCCAGCUUCUAGUGACUGUCUCAUUGACAGCCGCUAGAGGCGCUUCUGCGCUUCUCACUGUGAUUUUCAAUGAGAAGACGCCAGCGUCCAUAGGAAAGCAAUGAGAAAUGCUUUCCUAUGGACUGACUACGCGCGCGGCUCUUGCCAUGCAUGCGCAUUCAGUGGAUGACGUCAGAAGAGGGAGAAGAGUCCACAGCGCCGAGGGAGCCCGGCGCUGGAGAAAGGUAAGAAUUUAACCCCUUCCUCCCCCUUCAGCCCGGCGGGAGAAGGAUCCUGAGGGUGGGGGGGGACCCAAACACCCUAUAGUGCCAUGAAAACAAGUUUGUUUUCCUGGCACUAUAGUGGUCCUUUAAUGAAAUAUUUGAAAAGACAAUGUUGCAAUUUAACAGAAAUUCCAGUGUGGUCACAAGAUUAUAUGUUCAAAUAUUUCAUUAAGAUGUUUGUAAAAUAUAUAUAUAUAUGUGUGUGUGUAUAUGAAACAGGGGGGGGGCGGUUGGCUGCAUUGCAUUGUGUAUAUAUAUAUAUAUAUAUAUAUGUAUAUAUAUAUGAUUUGGUGAUAGUGCUGCUUUAAAUAGUUUCAUAGAUUGGAGAUUUAAAGCCUUUACCAGGUUAAAUCACAACUUUUCUCUUACUGAAGUUUCCUAACAAAGUUUUCCCUACCACAAUAUAAACUUUUGGACUAGUACUCUCCAACAUAGAACGUUAUGUGGUUACAUGUCUUUGGACAGACUAUGGUUGACUGUUGAUCAGCUUCAACACAUGAAACAAUUCAGUUUUGCAGGUUAAUUUUAUACUGAGAUAUUUAAUUUGUCAGUAAAUCUACCAGUAGUUAAUCUGCCAGUAGAUAAUACAAAUAGUUGGAUAGUUAAGAAUUAUUAUUAUUUAGAAAACACCAACACAUACCACAAUGAUACACACUGCACUUGAAUAUGGAGUGACGACAGUCUACUAAGUCAUUCAUAGUAUAACUUAAAUAAGUGGGGGGGUCGUUUUGGGUCUUUCUUUUAAAAUAGUGAUAUAAGCCUUCUGUUUCCAAAAUUUCUAGAGAUCAUUUGUGAUAGAAGUAACUGUAAUGAAUGUUCACCUAAAUUAACAACAAAUUAGAUUAGAUUUAUUUUAUAUAUAUAUAUAUAUAUAUAUAUAUAUAUAUAUAUAUAUAUAUAUAUAUAUAUAUAUACACCAAAAGAGUUGUGGUGGGGAACAAAGUGUGGAACUUUUGCUAUGUACUUCACAAGUAAUGCCAAGCCUCCAUAGCAAGCCAGUAACAAACCUCAUGCUGAUGAGUUGAAAUAACAACGAAACAGCUGUCCAUGAGAUGUUCACUGGCUUUGCUCCUCUUCCUGAGUUGUGUUUCAAAGGUGGUGUAUACAGAAGACACAUACUCCAAGGAAACCAUGUAUAAAGUAGAAUGUUGAGCUCAUGAGUGAGCUCUGUUAAAUCUGUUAAAAUGAGUGAGCUCUGAGCUCUGUUAAAGUGAGAUUUCUGAGGGAAAAGCAAGUAUUAUGGCUUGACUGGUGUAUUUGUGUUAAGCAAUAUAUUAACUAUAUACGCAUUACACAUCACACAUUCACGUUCACUUUGUUCAAUCUGUUUUUUUUUUUUCAUUGCACUAACUGAUUUGCUGGCUUGUUGUCUUUACAGGGUUGAUGGCGAUGUUAAACACUGCAUGAUCCUCAAAACGGCUACUGGAUAUGGCUUUGCCGAGCCCUACUAUCUGUACUCCUCCUUAAAAGAGCUGGUCUUGCACUACCAACAUACUUCACUAGUGCAGCACAACGAUGCCCUCAAUGUUACUUUGUCAUUCCCUGUGUUACCACAACUAUCUCGGUGA